AGCUCUUCUUUCAUUCUUUGAGUGAGGGAGGAAUGAUACACAAGGAGAAAAAAAAAGCACUCCAGCAGGCGAAAUCAGACUGUCACAAGAAGAGCACAAGGAAAUGCAAACCGACACUCCCCUUCAUAAAGCACCAACCAGCACUUGGAGUGACUGGCCGACCAGUGGAGUCUAGCCGCCUGAAGCAGAGCGCCUGCUGUUUGGAUGUGUGCAGCCCCCUGGACUUGGUGGGAGGGGGAGAAGUUUCCCCAAAGACGCGCUUGGAUCACUGAGUGAGAGAGAAACGAUGCCUUCCUCCUCCAGCCUAGUCUCACAAGCUACUGCUCAGUGGAUUUGCUGAUUUCCCGAAUUAAUUUUUUUUCUGCAAGUUAUUCAACGGGACUGAGGAGAGAUUUUGAGCCAGAGGAUGCUCCCACAGGUCAUUCGGAUUCUGUAUGUCUUGUCGUUCUGCUUUUUCCAAGGAGGCUUUAUCAGGUAGUGCGCAAAAUAUCAAUAUUUCUUAUUUUCUCGCAUUAACUGCUUGAAAUUAACUUUUUGACUGUUUAAAACAAACCAUAUCGUCAUUCUAUGCACUUUUACGCAGCUCUCUGUAUCAUUUUCUAUUGUUUUUAUGUGUUGUCAAGACGAGGCAACGGCUCAGCUUGCAGCUAAAAACCAUCUAUGUGUCAGGUGUUGUUGCCUUUUAAUGCAGUUUAUGUGAACGAGAGUUACAAAGCGGUGCACGCGAGCGCUAUCUGAGCAACGUGGGCAUGAUUUCACCAAGAUAAUCCAACAUUUUACGCACGAAACGAGCGGAGAUCUCUUUGCAACAUUCGUGAAAUAAAUUCAUCUACACUCUCAGUUUACAAACGGAAAGCAAGUGUAACCUCUGUGAAUUAUCAUGUGCUGUCAUUACAUACCAGACUACAUACCAAAUCGUGUUUGAGUGCGCUGUGGAAACCCAUCCUGGUGGCAAACUACCUGUGGAAUUCACGCUCCUCAUGAAGAAUUGAUGAAUGGGGGUUUAAGUAAAAAUUAAAAUCUUGUGUGAGAUUCGACUGUGUGAUACUAAAUCCACUCGGUGAUUAUUUAUUUAGCAACAGCAUACGGACAAAAGGCUUACUGGGAAACGUGCCAUUCAUUGUUUACUUUGCAAAAACUGAAAGAUCAUGCGCACAAGGAAUUCUUUAUCUUUGAUGUUUUUUGGAGAAGUGUUUGGCACAGGGGCAGAGGGGGUUCAUUAUUGUCAGGAAAAGGGGGGCAAGCUCCAGUCAAAGCGUGUUAGGUGUGUCUGGGGACAGGGGAAACAAACACACCCCUCUCUACCUCCCCUUGUUCUCCCUCUCAGACCAGCAGCAAAGCCUCCUUUUAUCUCUCCUCUCUUGUUGCCUCUCUCUUUUUCUCGGUGGCGGAAACUUUUAUUUGCGGUGAACACUUUACUUAUUUCAUGCCCUGCCACCCUCAAGGUGUGAGCGGGAGGGAAUUAGGAUCUGCAUAAUCCAAGAGCGGAACAGAACCGUGACUCCGUGAACCCAGGGGCGAGGAGAGCAGCCCUUAGCCUGUCAACUGACAGCACCUCCUCCGAGAAAUUAUAUGCUCUCCUGCCAGCACUAUCUUCUCCUUGUGGGGAAGAGUGUGAAGGAAAAUGAAGGUAGUGAAUUGGGCAGGUGUAAAAUACGAAAUCUGAUGAAGGCGUGGGAGAGAAAUGGAGGGAGAAAACGGGAGUGGAGCAAACGAAAUGCGAACAAGAAAUGCAGAGGGUGAUUCAUUUAACUUGAGGCAGCGAGGAGAUUAGUAAAGUGGAGGAGUGAUGGAGAGAAAUGGUUCAGAUAGGAGAGAAGAGAUGAGACGGGGAGAGAGUAUAGGGUAGGAGAUGGGAAGUGUCAGAGAUUCAAAGAGGAGAUUGUCAUGUAAAAUAGUGCACAGGCUGGAUUGGUGAGAUAGGGUUUGAAUUACAUGUUUGUCCAUGAGAGGAAAUGAAAAAGAGGAAAGAAAGGUGUAAAUAAUAAAGUUCAUAUCAGAGACCGAGCGGGUGAAGUCUGAAGGAUUUGAAUGUGGAAAGAAAGUGGUGAGUCUUUAUUGUUGCAAUGAUUCAAGUCUGUUAGAAACCCAGAGUUUGUACUGAAGCUGUGCAGGGUUUAAGAAAGGCACAGUAAAAGGAGAGAAAAGAAACAAAUCUGUAAAGAGUUUGUGCUGGUGAAGUGGUUAUUUCACAGUCAGAGUAAUGGUGGAUUGGCUUUUAUUGAUGCAGUGUGAAGCGAGUUGUCUGUUGAGCUACAGUGCAUUGUCCAGUUCACUAAUUUGGCGUACAGGUUGUUGCAUAUCUUUAAUUUGACAGAUGUUUCCAUCAUUUUUUUCCAGAUUGACUGGUUUGAGGCUUAAAGUGUAAGGAGAGAAGAUUGAGUUAUAUUGAUGCUGAUUAGUGCUGUAUAUCUUCCUCUAGUGCUCUAUAUCUUUCUAUACCAUCUGGACACAUUGUUAGCUGAAACCAAAACAUGUUUUUAUGAGGAUGUUUUUCACUCUGUUGGAUCACAUAUACACACUUGAGCCAACAGGGGGCUAUAGAAAGAUUUAGAGGGGCUGCUGCCUAUUAUAUAAUACAGCAGGCUAACCAAUAAGUUGCUGUCUUUGAAAAACAGUCAGCCAUAAUCCAAGCAAGACUGUGUUAUAAGCUGUAUGUGACACCCACAUGAAACCAUCUUAGUGUUUUUUUUUCUGGGGAAGAGCAUUUUCAGAACAAACAUAUCUAUCUUUGAUGAGCCGAGUGAAAUGCCAACCUGUUAUACUUUUGGACUGACUUAAGCCAGAGCUUGAUACCAUUGAUACAUCUGUACUUUUCCACUCUGACAAGUCCAAAUGACACAAUACAUACACAUUUACUGUGGAGGUUUUUGUCUGAAUGGAUUCAAUCCUGAGAGGAGUUUGACUGAGAUUGAGCCUAAAACUUAAAGCUCCUGUGAGGAACUUUCAGUUUGACAAAGCAGUCUUUGUUUAUCCUGUCCUGUACAUGAUAAAGUAGUGAUUUUUGACAAGAAGCUCAUCCUGCUGGUUUUUGGUUGUCAAAUAUAUUUAAUGUGAAUAUUAAAAACAGGGCUGUUUCUUCAGCUGCCUGGUUUACACCUACCCACUUACACCAGUGUCACGCAUCAAAAACUACAAUAUAAAAACCAUUAAGUCUUGUUCCUGAUGGUCUUGUUCGCUUUUGUUUAUCAUGAAAAAGCAUUUAUAGACAUUUCAGUCUAGUUCAUAGAUGUGAAAAAACUCCUCACUGGAGCUUUAAUAAAUUCUAGUUCAACUUUAAAGCUACUGUGAAGAGUUUUAAGCUGUUCUGAAACAGAUAAAGAAAUUAUAGUGUUGCUUUUGUAUGACCUAAAAAAGCAAUCAAGACUCAAGAAAUGUGACCGACAAUUUCCGUUGUCAUCUUGAACACCUGUAACUGCUGUAACUAGUCGAUACAAGGAUGUAAAUGUCACAUCAGAGGAUUACAAGCCCACAGUUAGUGAUAAAUUUGGCAGAAAAUAUUAACAUUAAAGAUCAGUAGGAAGGUUUGACGCAUCCCAUCGUCCACAGGUGGGUACAAAAUCAACACAAACUGUUCCUCAAAGGAGCUUCAUUACAAUUAAUAUGAGGAAUAAGUCAACGUUUUUCACAAGAUGUUUUGAGGGUUUCUCAUAAUUUGACAAAUCUCAUUGUCAAGUUUGAUCCACAAGUUCUACCAUCUGGUAUUGAGCUAAAUUAGCAAGCUUCUUCAUAUGUUCACUCUGGGGUCAUAGUUAGCAGUUUGUUCUAUUCAGUUUCUUGGUGCCCUAAACUUUAAACUGAGUGUUCUACUGAAAUGCUCAAACCAUUAACUUGACCUGUAUGUGGACAUGCCAGCAAUGGACACAUAAGUUGUGCUAAUGUAUUCGCACCCUUAGGCUACUGAUGUGUGUCUGUACAUUACCCUUUACCUCAAUGCUGUGUGCUACGCUUCAUCUCAAUUAGCCAAGGAAGCUCACCAAGGAUUCCUGCUGUCCUUGCCUACGGUCAGGGAGCGAGAUCAUGAGUCAGAUGUGGGAAUAUCAGUGGAUAUGUCUUAUUAUCUGAUGGAGCGAGGUCAUCACGGGCUGGGUUAUUGGGUGUCAACUUGAUAGAGGGUGCGUGUGUGUUUAUGAGCGAUACAUUUCGAGGAGGUGGUGCUUUCACUCCUAAAAUAAGGAGAGAUUAAUUCAUUAGUGUGCCACAUUCAUAGCUAAAACUUUGUUUCAAAUCAAGUCAUGGAUUGUGGAUGUGCAUAUUGUUGUGGACAUCCCAUUUUCUCCUAUUUGGUUGGAAUAUGUGGUGUGUUUGUAAUGUACAGUAACUGCACUGCGGGGGAAAUAUUGUUUGGUGGCAGGUUUCUUGUUGCCCAGUGGAUGCCCAAUUAUGAUGAUUUGGACACCACAGGAUACCUCUUGUGCAAUCGCAGUUAGGUUUCACAACAACAACAACAACAAAAUGUCUGCUCAAUAAUAAUUAAUAAGUUAAUAAUUAAUCAUUAUUUUUAAAGGAUAAUCUUCAAAUUAAGGAGUAAAGCUCCCUAAACUCUUCGUUUUGCACCAUCCUCCAACAAAACAGUGUUCAAGGCUGGGCGCUCAUUAUUUACUGUUUUGGAUCCCUGUUUCACACAAACUGUGUUGAGCAGUGUACCCUUGCAGCAGGCAGUUUAACAACUUGUGAUGCAUUAUUUCAGUAAAAGUCUGUAAAAGUUUGAAUCUUACUUAAAAUCCAUUCGCCCCAAAGCAGCCGCCUUUCACAUACGUCAAGCCUUGUUUCAUUAGAUUCUUACAGCAUGAUUGUAAGUUUCCCCCUCGGUCAAAGGUUAAAAUGCUCUCCAGCCAAUUUCCGCUUAACAGCUAAAACCUGCAAGUCAGAGGGCGUGAAGUGCAGAAAGGGGUGAAAAGUUUGGGAUUGGGUCAGGCCAGAGUGAAAAGGAGUGGGUGAAUAUAUUUUGAACUAAAUGACGUCCCUUAGGACAACCAACCUUGAGCAGAGUUCACUCUUAGCCUGUAAACUAACUUCUUGACUGGACAAUAGCUGUGGGUUAGAUGCUGCACCACAUUAUUCCUCAACUGCUCAGAAAGUAACCUGCCAAACUGAGAAACAGAGCGUGAAAAAAGAAGAUGCCUAUUGAGCGGAACAGUCUUCUUUGGGUGCUGUGUGCCCACUGUAAUACUCUGCUCAGUGUGAUUAUGAUAUAACCAUAGACUGUAUAUACUAUGGACAACUUGGUCCCGCCUUCCGCCAGUACACAGAUUUGAAGCCGAAAAGCUCUUGGUAGUUUCACGAUUUUCCUCCAUUUCCUGAAACCAACAUUGCACAUUAGCAUUGUACGCAUUCGGUGGGAGAAUCGCUGUGAUGACGCUCGGCUCAAGCAGCGUAUCCCCCCGGUGAGCUACACAAUCUUCGUACACCUAUAGGCUGUAUCAAGUGUCAAUCAUAGAAAACAUGAACCCUCUAAUAACUUUUAAAAAUGGAGCUGUACAGAAAAAAGAGGACUUGAGCACAAACCAGUCUUACAGUAACGACAUGCCAACAUUGCAACGGGGGGAGAAAAAUUUAGAUUCUGUGUAAUAAAUUUCUAAAGUUUGUCCACAGCUCUAUCAGGAUUACUGGAGGAGGCGGGAUUGAUGACCUAUACUGCACCCCGUCAACAGAGGGUGCUGUUCUCUGAGUGGCUAUACCCCGUGAGGAUGCAGGCGCUGUCCAUUCUAUAUACAGUCUAUGAAUAUAACACCUCAGGAAACAGUCAAACAGGCGUCAUUUUAGAGCCAGAUUGAGUUACACAAAGCUUUUAGGGCCAAUUAUUGGAGAUAUUUUAUACCUAAUGGCUCAAGUGAACAGUUUCUUGUCAUUUUUAUGCAGCUUUUAACCUUUAGUUUAACACAGUUAUGCUUCUAUCUGGUGUGAAUGACCUUUAGGUUGUUCAUCAAUGGGUUACAGUGAUGUUGCAUGCAUAAUAUGUACGAGGGCUCUGAGUGGAGCUUGAGGAGACAAAGUAAAAAUAGUCUUUACUGCGCCCAGAGAAGCUUAAUAUGUUCCAUUUAAAAAGCUUGUUUUAAAACUUAGCCUUUUCUUUAGAGACCCUCUUCUGUUAAAACAACAGAAAAAUGCUGUUCCUCGCAGAAACACUGGAAAGAAGUAAACACAAUUUAGCCAGUCCAAACUUCAAACGCUGUGUUGUUGGGCGAGGACACAAUCUUUCUGUGAUAGCUUUUAAUUAAAUUCUGAUGGUUGCCCAGUCCCGGCUGGAAUUGAAGUAUCUGCAACUGCAAAGUAAUAUCUGCGGGCUAGUAAACAGUGAAGGGAAGAGGAAAGCAAAUAUUUUGGGCUUUAAUUUAAACGUUUCACAUCCCACAAGGAGUUGAAAUGGUGGCUCACGACAAAACAAAUGUAAAUGUGAAAACUUGAGAAUCAGAGAAGGCCACUUCUACCAGCAAAAAAAACAAAUAAAAUAAGCGCUCAAUUCCCAUGCAGGGUUUCAUUUGUUAAUUUGCUUUGUACAAGGCAGAGCAGUGUGAAAACUUCAUCAGCUGAAUGUUACUGAGAUUUCACCUUGGCAUGGGCCAUCACGGACAAUAUUGCCGCUCUCUGAUCCUCUCCGAAAACACAGGAAAUCCCCAAACACUUGGGCUGCUACACAGACUAAAGUGGCGAAGAGUGCUGACAAAAAAGAAGUGCGAGAAGAGGACAGAUGGGGUGUUUACGUGAGUUAAUGACUAAAAAAUGAGUGCCAAGCUGGAGACAAGAGCCGAACAGACGGUUCGCUCUCCACAAACAGCACCAGUGAACAGUAGUGGUGCACUUAUCAAUGAAAUAUGAAGACUGCAGAUACAAAGAGUGCUCAUCAAAAGACAAACAAAGGAUUUGUAUUUUGUUCUGGGGAGCUUUGGAGUCCGUAGAGGAUAUGUGAAAGAUUUAAUUUUAGCUUGUCAAAAAAACUUCAAAACAAGUCAUUAUUUAUUCGAGUAGAUCUUUUUGUGUAGAUUUUUUUCCUGCAUCUUCUUCACUUUGUUUUUUUAAGGCUGCAGAUUUAGAAACAAUGCGAAAUCAAACCAACAGUCUCAGAAACACUCACUAAAAGGAAAUGCGUUUUGUUUGGACUGCAAGAUUUGGCAGAUUUCUACCUGGCACAGCCCUUCAAACGAUUGGAAGUGAAAUCUGGUUUGUGGAUAGUGGAGAUCAAUGUUGGGCCCAAAUUACCAGAUGAUGAAGAGGCUUUUCUGAUCAAGUCUUUAACUUGCCAAAAGGCUUGUUAACUCAUGAUGCUAUCCUCAUGAUUUGAAACAUUUUGGUAACUCAUGAUUUAAAAUCUAGAUUAUCAUACCAAAGAGACCACAGUAAGACGAGGGACCAAGAGAGAUGGAGAAGCUGCUAGUGAGCCUACAUUUGUGUGUUUUAUGUUUCAACACUAGCAUGCUACUUAAAACUUCAAACAGGACUCAUCGGUGUAGGAGCCAAAUAUAUUGAUAUGACACCAUAAUAUGAGUUGCAGUUCACUUUGUGUGCCAUAGGUGUCGCCGUCUUGUUAUCAGGGGCUCAGGAAUAAAGGUAGCCAUGUCACUAUUUAGGGCAGGUGAUUGACCUGUGAUAUUUGUUUUUGUAGGACGGUAGAGGAAAGUCCUGCCUCCUUCGCCUCUGAUUGGCUAGAAAAGCUGGAAACGUCAUCACACGCUCAAGGGAAACGCAGGCUGUUGGCUCUGUACAUCAAACAGAACAUUAUUGCACUUCUGAAUCUCCUAACUCUAACCCUCACCCUAAUCCUAACCCGACAGACGAUGACGUUUCACAGCCAUUAGGAAUAACCAAUCGGAGCCUAGCACAUCUACCAUCCUACAAAAAAAAAUUCACGACCCGGAAGGACUAAAGGUUUUUGACCGCUAUGGCGCUAAAUGCCAGCAUUUUUCUUUUUUCAUUGUUGCUCAAUGUCAAUUGCAAAAUGGUAAUUUUGGUAAUGUUCAUCACGAUACAUUUUUGUUUGCUGCAUCUGAGGAACAUCAUCUGGACAUUAACUGAUCAUCAAAGACUUAUAGUGUAAGAAACCAGUAGCACGGCGCAUCAACAAGGUUACUCUGGGUCAAGCAUCUCAGUCGCUUCAGGUAUCAACUUCAUUCCUACAAUCAUAUAUCAAAUCCCCAAGAAUGGAUAGAUCAAUCUUUUCACUCCAAACAUCAGAUUCUCAGCUCUGUCUUUUCCCGACUACAAGUAAUGACCACUGCAGAUCUCUGGUCGGGCUCCUUUCUGUUAACACCUGUCUUUAAGGUCAUGUGAAGUAGAUAGUAUAAACUCUACCUCUACACCUAACUGUUUUAAACACAACUUCAGAGUGUUAUGUGCCAAUUUAAUAUCUUUUAAUGGAUGUAUAUUGGAGAUUUGAGAGGAAAUAUCUGUUAUCUUUUUCUUCUUCCGUAACAUGACCUGCUAAAAUCAGGUAGGGUUAUAAAACAUUUAUUGCAGGCUUUUUUUAUUUAAAGAAAGUCAAAUAAAAUAAAACAGGAAAAGGAAGAGCAUUCUUGGCCACACAAUGUUAAAUCCCCGACAAAUAAGUAGCGUCUAUCGCAGAGCUUCAGCGGGCUUUAGAUUUGUGUUUGGAUAUAAGGUGGAGGUGACAGUUUACUGAUGGUCUCUAACAUUAUGCCAGCCCUUUCGGUGUUCAGCUGACACCUGAGGCUGAAAGAUGUGACCGAUGGUUUUCUCCCCAUUUCAAUCAAACCACAAAUGACCUUUCUCUGUUUCUACCAUCUGAGGACAGAGUAAUUUUCCCCAAUAUUGUGAUGCUCAGGGAAAAACGGCAAACUAGACUGUGAUAUUGUGAUUUACUUUCUCUCAUGGGGGUGAAAAGUUUGAGUUUAAAUGCUUUAAUCAUAGAUAUCUCACUAAAAUUUCAUAUGACAUUCAGAAAGAGAAAUCUCUGUCUCUCCCUGUCUUUUUGUCACCCUCACUAAACCAUGCAUUUGUGAUUUGCCUCUGCUGCCAGCUAAAAUCAAAACCUCCAUGCCUCCUUAUAAUAAAUGCAUCAUGAAGUGUAACUGAUGAGCAUCAGCUCAGGGUAAACUUUUAAUCCGUGCAGCUGUGUGGACAGCUAAUGCCGAGCUAAAAGAGCAUUAAGAUGCAACAAUGUCCAUGGGUUCACCCGGGGAACUGCCACAUCCAGUCAGGCAUGCAUUCACACAGGUUUGGAUCCAACAUGUUUUUAUGCUUCCUGCACAUCACCCCCUUUACACAUCCAGGAUAGAAAGGGAUGCCACAGGUGAAAGCAAACUAGGCCUCAUGGCUACUAAGUGUUGCUGCCUGGAAAUAGGAAGAUUAAACCCAAACCAAACUGAGGGAACAAGAGGGAGAGGGGGAUAGUUAUGUAGGUCAUUAGUGAAGUAAAAUAACACCAUGAAUUCACCAAGAAUUAACGCCUGACUGCAGUUCCACUCAGCUCUAGCAUUAAGCACUCUUUAGUCUGUUUGGUUCCAUAACUCGGGGCUCAGACUUUAAGUGAUCUUGUUAACUCACUAGGGCUGGGCAACAUGGCCUCAAAUCAAUAUCACGAUAUAUUGAGCAGUUCACCUCGAUAACGAUAAAUGGACGAUAACUACUCCACAAGCUGCUCACCCCCUCCCACAUUAACUUAAUCCACUUUAGCCAAAACCAACUUUUAUUUAUUUUUUUGCCACCAAAUAUGUCGACACGGGCAAAAUGAUGUCCGUUAUUGUCGUAGAUUUCGGUGUCUGUAAGUUUUCGGUUUAUCGCCCAGCCCUACAACUCAUGUGCUACUUGCGCAGACAAGACAAAGUACCUCCCAAGUGUCGGCCACAGUGGCAAACGGAGCAGGUUUAUUGCCCUGUGUCUGGGUGAUGGUGACCAAAAACAACCUACCAAGGAAUUAAACUGCUAAUCUUGGACACAGCUUUUCCUAAAUGCCAAUGUUGCUCCCUCUCCGAUAGACAAUAGUAGACAGAUUGUGUUGACAUCUUGCUUGGCCUCCAAGAAGAUACAACCAUUUAAAACUCUAUUUAACACAUGGUCAAAAUCAAUCAAGAGGGCAUGCUGGUAAUAAUUAUGACAACAUUUUAUAUCUAUAUAUAAAACCCUGAUCAGCUCCACUUAAUCAGUCUGGAAUUGAUUUUGGUGUCUUCAUCUAAGCAACAAAAGUAUACCUAUUUCUUUACAGUCAUUUUCAAAGCCUUGAAAGCUGCUGCAAAGUAGGUUUCAUGUUUCAUUGGCGUGGCCCAAAUUUUACACUCAUAAGAAACUGUAAAAACAGGCUGUUCCUGUAGCUGCGGUUGACACUUACCACCCAGCACCACUGUCAGGCAUUAAAGAUUAAAAACAACAAUUGUCACGCUUGUUGCUGAUGGUCCUGUUUGUUUUAUGGAUCUCAUAAAAAAGGCAUUAGUGUGAACAUUUCAUCAACAUAAAAAAACACCUCACGGGAGCUUUAAAUAAACAACCAACACUGAAUUAACUAGUCUACAGCUAUGUGGACAAACACUGAACCAUCUCCAACUUGAAAGAUAAGUUCCAUACUGAAGCUUUUAUAAAUUUUAAACACCAAACAUCGAGCAGAAUUAUUAUGAUAUUCAGUCAAGUAUUAUCUUUGUUGGAGCCGUUACAGAUGAGAAGGUUUAAAUUCACUUCACAGGGAUUAUAGACCACAGUUAUGCCUGUAAAAAUAUUUUCUCCUCAACAUUGUCACCCUGGACAAGGACAAAACUACAGCAAAAUCCGGUGCUAGUCUCAUCGCUAUCCAGGUAACUAAAUAUGUGACACAGCGGUAGAGUAAUACGAUUAUCUGGACCUCCCCGCUCUUCUUCUCUGGCCCAGGCAGAUUAAAAUGGCCACUUAUUGACUGGAGCAGCACUUUGGCUCAGAGGUCCACUGCUGUAGGUCAUUAUGUUCUCUGCAAUUAGGAACAUGAAGUGGAGGGACAUUAUGAAGCUCUCCAUCAUGUCAUUAUGCCGGCCCAUACAGUCCAUGUUGAUUAAACUUCACUUUCAGGGAUAGAGGAAAAGUCUGGCCAAUGUAAAAAAAAAACCCUGACCUCAUAAUGUGUGGUUGGACAAAAAGAAACAAUGUGCAGUGGAGUCAAACUGAAGCUCAGCUAUGUAAUUGAAUCAAAAUCACAUUAAAUGAACCAUUAAGACGGCUGCGCUGCAAUCAAUCAGUAAUUACACAGGCUGGUAAUUUAUCAGCUAAAGACUGCAGGCUAAAGCUUACAGUAAUAGAACAUAUUUCACUUAUUAAUCAUUAACUAGAAGUACAAAUUACACUCAAUCCGAAGCCUCUGGCCUUGGUCAUGUCAGGAGGCAAAAUUCGUCAUAAAUUGACAGCCUUGUAAAUAAAUCAACCUCUUAUUGAAAUUCAAAACAAAUGUACAGUACAUGACAUUUCGUAUGCUGCAAGAUGAAUCAAUAAUGAUCGAAAAAGUAAGAAAGUGAGUGUUGCGUCUGUGCAGGUCCAUGUUGAGACACAAUGCAGGCAUGUGUUUAAUUCCCCUGUAAACUGAGUGAAUUAGAGGCAGAUGUUUCAGGUUCAGGGUACUUCAUUUGUGCCUAUAAGUCAAUUUCUGUUGCAGCAAAGGGGUUACAUCCAGUUUGACAGCCAAUUACAAAACAACCACGCAAAACAAUCAGUGAAAAAACUUUUAAAACACACUGAAACACUGAUUGGCUUCCCCAAUCACAAUUUAAAGGGAUAUUCGGGAAAUAAAAUUAAUUUAGGGUCAAACUCACCAUAACACCGAGUUAGACACCCCCUUGCCACAAAUAAUGCUCAGAACAGCACCUAACUUCAUCUACAGUACAUAUAGGGUCCCAGCCACAGUACUAGCCACCAAACAUCUUUUUAGCUUUGCCUGAUUUCUUUAGCAAAGAGACGAAACACGACUCACCUACUCUCUUCCAGCAGUCGCUUGUUUGUAACAAGACCUCAGGCUAGUCCAUUACGGACUACAGUGGGGUGACUCAGCUCAAGGAAGAACAUUUAUGAUCAUUUUUUCAUCAUUUCUUUGAAGUAAUAAUCACCACAUCAAUCAUUUUGAACUGCAGACGUGGUAGUUCUUCUGCCUUCGUGUCUCAGUCUGAUUGCAUUUCCAUGAAGAAAUGAUCAUAAAUGUUCUUCCUUGAGCUGCGUCACCCCGAGCAGUCCGUAAUGGACUUGCCUUAGGUCUCACUACGAACAAGCGGCUGCUGGAAGAGAGUGGGUGAGUUGUGUUUAGUCUCUUUGCUAAAGAAAUCAGACAAAGCUAAAAAUAUGUUUGGUGACUAGUGCUAUGGCUGGGACCCUAUAUGUACUGUUGAUGAAGUUAGGUGCUGUUCUGAGCAUUAUUUGUGGCUAUAGAGUGGCAUUUUGGUUGAGGUUUGUUUAUGGCUCGUCAGACCGCUGUGUAUUUUUAUUGUGUGGUCGUUACUUAAGUUUGUAUAACUAGAGAAGCAAGCGGUCAGCAACUUUCAUCUCUUGAGGGGGUGUCUAACUCAGUGUUACGGUUUGUUUGACCCUAAGUGAUAAAGGAUCACACCACACAACUGUUAGAUACUAUAGAAAGAACCAAACUGCAUGUCCAAAAAACAAGAAAUUUAACAAUUACACUGAUGGAUGAUGGGCUUCUUUGCAAUUGUUUGCUUUAUUGAUGCUCAGGAUGCUUCACUGUAUCAGCGUGGGACUCAAUAUAGUCUCAAAUAAGCAGUUAAUAUGGAUACAGCUGUGUAUUGAUCAGCAUACUGUAGUUAUCAGUUGUCUGACAUGCUUAAUAUAAGAGGGAUGUUUGCCAUAAAUGACCUGCAGGUAACUGUCGAUUAUACACAAAGCAAAUCUGCUUCAAGGGUAAAGCAUAACAGAUAAUGUUCUUCCACGAAUCCCUCCCCCUCUGACCUUGGGAUCACAGGCAGACUUUUCUCUCCACAUUAGUGAGAUGACUAGCUGUCCUUGUCAGGUGAGGUGCAGUUUUAAUGAUAUCGGAGUGAGAUGAAGUACAGAAAAAUAACCCUUUGCUGUAGCGGGGUCAGUUUUCAUCGGCGAAGAUGUUGAUGCGAAGAUGAUGGACAUUUACAGCUUCAAAGUUGGGGACAGAGUCAUCAAGAGGAUGAUUUUGGAAAAUACAGCUCUGGCUGAAAACUCUACUGAGGAUGUUUCUCAUUAUAAUUGCUACCUUGUCUUUAUAAUUAGGGUUAGUUUUUUUAAAAAUGAUCUUGAAAUUGUCUUUGGCACAGCAAAAAAACUGCUUAUGGGUGCUGAGAACUGGGUGAUGCAAGAGCCAUUUUCAACUUCUUGUUGAAUUACCAAUCAAGAAACCCCAAAGAGACUUUUCACCCGCCACAUACUGCUGACAGGAGGUUUGAGGCUUUUGCAUUGUAGCGUCUUUUUUCUUUCGUUCUUGCUGUUUUAGUUUUGCAUACAAAAAGUUUAAAAUGGAUCCAUCACAUGGCUAAUGUUUGGACAAGCACGCAAAAAGUAAAAGUCAAGUUUCAGUCUCUGUGAAACAUAUGGUUCAGACUACUUUCAGAGUAUUUUUUUAGAUCAUAUCCUGAGUCUUUAAUUAACUCUUCCCCUUUUCUUGAUUCAUCCGAUGGCCUGACGGGCAUUCAGCUCCCGUCCAUUCAGCCAGAUAGAAAUGAGAUGUUGCAAGGUUAGCAGAGCUCAGCUGAUAAUCAUCAUCUUUAUCAUUCUAUUAAUCAAGAGUUACAUAAAGUCUUUGAAACCAAAUGUAGUGAUUAUUGAUAAAACCAAUGACUAGGAUGGGGGUUGGGCAGGGCGACAUGAAUAAGAUCCUAAGAUGAAGCAGUCAGCAUGAUUUUUCAGAUUUGUGAGCGCUGGACUUACUGUAGCAUCUGCAUUUCCAUCAAUUUGAUUUGGUUUUAUUCACUUUUGGAUUUGUGGAUUAGGUUUUAUGUUAUUUGCGAGUGUAGUUACCCCUCUUUAAACAUUUGAAACCAUAAUGUGGGGUUGUCUGAAAUACUUGUUAGUUCAUAUUUUGUGCAAAAACCAAACUGGAACGUGCUCAGUGUACAUGAAAGUAUGUAAUGACAGCUGAUAUACAAUAGAGAUUGUCUAUGUCCCUGUAAGAUAUGCAUUUGUGGUAACAAUAACCAUCAUUAUAAAUGGUAAAUAGAUAGUUUAUUAAUGUAAGUUAAUAGUUACUUUACCAUUAACAAGCAAUGAAAAUAUGAUUAAUAAUUUACAUUAAAUAUUAAUGGACUAUUUAUUAAAGGUUUAUAUAGGAUUUAAAUAUUGUUGUAAAACAUUUAGAUUUAAAUAUGUGUCAGUAGCACUUUGUAAAUUAUUAAUAAGUGGUUUAUAAACCACCUAUGAACAUUACUUAGAUGGUUAUUCUAAAGUUAGGGUUAGGUUUUUAAAAUUGUAAAAUAUAUAAUUUAUUAAAUGGUCUAUAUACUAUUUAUAAACGAUGAUUAAACAUUAAUAAACCAUCUCCUUACCAUUUAUAAAUUGUCUAUUUACCAUUUAAAAGUUGUGGUUAUUGUAAAGUGUUACUGCAUUUGUUUGCACUUUUCUACUUUGCAGCAAUUUAGGGGCAAAACAAGAAAUGUUUCAACUUAUUGAAAUUGCUAUCCAUCACAGUAUUCAGGCUUAUUUCGCAGCUUCAUGUUGGCUGUGUAAAAGUGUUGUAUUAACCAGUUGAGUAUAAUGAAGUUAAUAAUGAAGCACAAAAAAACCGCAGUUCCCAGAAUAUCCACUUGAGGCUGUCUCCAAAAGCCAAAAAGAUCCUAUUAGAGUACAUAAUGAAUGCUCUUUUUUACAGCAGAAAAGAAACAUGUAUAAUAGCCUGGUGCGAAAAAAAAAAAAAGGUUUUUGUCUCGAUUUGGGCAGAGUGUUUUUUAAAUCCCUCACCCAUCAUGUCUGGACUCUUAAAUACUCAGAAAGUAAAAGCUGUCUUGGAUGUUUUUUUUUUACAGCCACGAAAGUGAAAAACGAAAGAAACUAAACUCAGCUGCAGAAUUAUGUGAUGAGUUCAAAGUUAAAUUUAAAGCCUGUGUUGGCUCAAAGGAUGAAGCGGUCAUUUCAAGGUAAUCCAGCUAAUAACUCAAAGCUUAAUGACGUCAGUUUUUGGAGUCACAUUGACAUUGGGUUUAAAGUGAUGUCCCAUUCAAGUAAAACGUGUCCUCCAGCAUUUUGACACAACCUGACCGUCUGGCUUCAUAUCCAAAGGACACGAUUUUAUGGUACUUUUGCUGCUACAAACUCACACUGUUAGUCAUGCAUAGACAUACUUUGUUCAUGAUUAUCUCUUGCAACACAGAGCUUCCAGAUCAUCCAUAGCAGGGCCGCAGACACAUCUCUUUAUCAUGUUGAACAGACACUGUGAGAGUCCAGAACGCGUUCUUUCUCUCAAUUUGGUGCUUGACUACAGAGACUCCCUGCAUUUGUCUGUAUGUCCCCACAUGACACCCACAUUGUUUCCUGAUACACAGUGUCAAAUCCUGGGGUUGUCUUUGGAUGAGAAAUGUUUCUUUUUCAACAAACAAGUGUCAUUCUUGUCAAAUGUGUACCAUGAUCCACAAAUACAUACUCUGAUUUGUCAAUGUGAACAGUCAUCUCUUACGGAGGGUUUAGAUUUUCAUAUGCAAAAGAGAGAGAGAAAAAACUCGAUGUAAAUAGCCUUGUAAUGGUAGCCUUUUAUGACCACCACUGCUUUUCCAGACAGAUUUAGACUACAAGAAAGCAGACACAAGGCUAAUGCUCUGACUGUGGGUCUAUAUUUACACCUGCCCUUGGAAAUGAGUCACAGCUGUUUCUUUGAGAUGUCACUGAACAACACUUCAGCUUAAGCAGGUGUUAAACUUUGGCAUAAUGUGAUAAUGGAGACUGCAGUCAAAGUUGCCAACCUAAUGAACUUAUCGGACAGUGCAAGACUUUGUUUAUAAACCAGUAUAGUGUUUGACUCAGUGACGGACGUUAGGGCUCAGCAAAUGGCUUUUAUUGACAACGACUAAACAAUGAGUCAGAACAUUUUAUAAAGAAUAUAAAAUGUUAACAUUAGUUAGUUUAAGCAUUAAUAAAGUGAAAUCAUGGCUCAAAUAAAAUCAAACCAAUGCAAAGAUUAAUAACGGAGAAUUUAGCUAAUACUCUUUUAGCACAACUUUUAGAGAGCAUGCAGCUGUUUUUAUGCCAAAUGCAGAAAUGCAGUAUUUGUGAGUUUGUGUAUAUACACAGUUACUGGCCAGUUUAUGAGGUACACCUGUUCAAUUGCUCGUUAACACAAAUUUGUAAUCAGCCAAUCACAUGGCAGCAACUCAGUGCAUUUAGACAUGUAGGGCUCUAUUUUGGUGCAUCGCCGGAGAUCUGCCGCAAGCGCAGCGUCAAUCAGAUCCGCCGCGCUGACAAGGCGUUCCCAAGCACAUUUUGGUAUUUUGGUGAGCCGCGCAGCCCGGCGUAAGUAUCCCCCCUCCCUAACUCAGCUCCUCCCGGCAGCAUAAAUCAUAGACGGGGAGGAGAGGGGGUUUAACACAGCCGAGACCUGUUUUCACCAAUCACAUUAGCUCCUCUCCUCGCCUUUAAAUCCGCCACAGGCGAGGCGUAUUACUAUUUUCAUGAAGUAGUCAAAGAGAUCAAGAGAUGUCUGAAGACAGUAAUGCCACACGAUGGCGACAGAGGGCAGCUGCUCAACAAGUGUCCUCCACACUCUCUCAUCUGAGCACAGAUGGAUUUGGUGUGCGUAAUGUUGGACCCACUGGUAAGACAAACACCCUUUUCCACAAAUAAAGACACUCACAUAAAGUUGCAUAUAUUCAAACCUCACGUGACAAAGGUGGGUUGAGCGCACAGAUCACAACAUAAACUCCAAAAAGGCAUUAAAAUCGGAACCAUCUGUGCGUAAAUGACGCAUCGCGCUCCGUGGCCUGGCUCUUUCUUUCAUAGAUGUUGGAAUAUAAAAUAAAUUUGGCUCACAAAACUGAAUAUUAUAAUAUCCGUAUGUCGGCUUAAAGUAGAUAACGCAUCUGAGCACUGAAACAAAUCAUCUGUUCAGCCGCAGCAGCAGCAGGAAGACGGACAGAGGACACGGAGACGUGUCCAGGUCGAGCUGUGCGAGAAAUAAGAGGAAGAAAGAAAAGGAGGGAGACACAUUACAUAUCUUGUUAACUUCAUCAUGUGUGUUUAUUUACUAGAUAUUUAAUUUAAUUUGAUGCAGUUUCAGCUGUAUUGAUUCGGUCAGGUUGUGUGUCCAAACGCGUGCCAAACGCGCUCAUCAGAUCAGAUAUAGAUCAGAAUAUAUCGAUAUAGAUCUAAAUGUAUGUGCUGACUCAGAUUAAUAGUUGUUGAUCAUUAUUUAUUGCACUGAAAUGUGCCUGACACUGUGGAAACCUGCCGGUGAGGCAUCAGUGACGUAUGUCGAUACGCCGCCGGUCUACCAAAAUACUACUGGACCAGCUGCGUUCCGCCUUGCGCUGAAAGCUGACCAGGUUUGAAUCGGCGAGCUUUCAGCGCACGUUACACGCCAGUGGCGAGCACGAAAAUGUCACUGCGCCAGCUGAUUCUGUCAACACCUCCCCCUGCCACGCCACCACGCCCAGCUUGGCGGAUCUCGGCUCGCCUCAGUUGCUCGUUAACACAAGUAUCUAAUCAGCCAAUCACAUGGCCAAUCACAGCCAAUCAAAUGCAACUCAGUGCAUUUAGACAUGUAGACAUGGACAAGAUGACUUGCUGAAGUUCAAACCGAGCAAAAGAACAGGGAAGAAAGGGGAUUUAAGAGACUGAAUGUGGCAUGGUUGUUGGUCUGAGUAUUUUACAAACUGCUGAUCUUCUGGGAUUUUCAAAAAUAACCAACCAGGGUUUACAGAGAACGGUUCAAAAAGGAGAAAAUAUCCAGUGUUGCAGCAGUUGUGUGGACGCAAAGGCCUUAUUAAUGUGAGAAGUCAGAGGAAUAUGGACAGACUGGUUCAAGAUGAUAGAAAGGCAACAGUGAGUCAAGUAACCGCUUGUUACAACCAAGGUUUGUAGAGUAGCAUCUCUGAAUGAACGACACAUUAAACCUGAAAGCAGAUUGGCUACAGCAGCAGAAGACCACACUAGGUGCCACUCCUGACAGCUGAGAACAGGAAACUGAGGCUAAAAUUCACACAGAUUCACUAAAAUUGGACAAUAGAUGUUGGAAAAAAUCUACCUGGUCUGAUGAGUCUGAAUUUAAUCUUUGACGUUCAGAUGGGUCGGAAUUUGGUGCAAAAAACAUGAACGCAUGAAUCUACUCUGUCUUGUACUAACAGUUCAUGCUGCUGCUGCUGGUGUACAGGUGUGGGGGAAUUUUUUUCGGCACGCCAUACCAACUGAGCAUUGUGUAAACACCACAGCCUACCUGGUUAUCUUUGCUGACCAUGUCCAUCCCUUUCUGACCACAGUGUACCAUCUUCUGCUGGCUACUUCCAGAAGGAUAAUGCACCAUGUCACAAAGCUCAAAUCAUCUAAAAAUGGUUUCUUGAACAUGACAUCACAUCAUGGAUGUGCAGCUAACAAAUCUGCAGCACCUGCAAAAUCAAACAUCUCUGAGGAAUGUUUCCAUCACUGUCUUGAAAGCAUGCCAUGAAGAAUUAAGGCAGCUCUGAAGGCUACAGAGGGUCUAAUCCAAUACUAACAAGGAAUACCUAAUAAAGUGGCUGGUGAGUGUACAUGAUUUAUACAUCUGGCACCAGAACAGCUACUUAAUGGUCCAAGAGAUGUUUCUCAUUUGCUGUUUUACAAAUUCACUGUAACUCUUAAAUUUAACAUGUUGAGGGAUAUCGACACUACCCAACGGAUUAGUCUUUGAUCUUAACAGCAGAGGAUUAGGCCCUCCUUUACUCUGAUGUUCUCUGUCAGCAUCUUUUAGGUUUUCCAUUAUAGAAAGAAAAAAUCAUCUUCUGACGUCUACUUUUUUAAAUCACUGCAGCAAAAACACAGCAAGACACCCCCCUCGCAUUUAUACUUUAAACCUCCAUUUGUUUGAGUCUCAAGACGUUUCUAUGGUCAUCUUUGCUUUUGAAAAGGAUGCAAACAGUGUAUAUUAUGCCAUUUAUUUGUUUAAAUCCUCUGAGACACAGCAAGAAGAACCUUUAUAUGGGAGUUUACCAAAGUACAGAUGGCAUUAAACUGUUAAAUUACAGGCUCAGUACAAAAGUCUCAUUCAAAUGAAAAAGAAAAGGAAAAGAAGUCUUCAAAUUAGCCAUCUGAGUAAAUAUGAAAAUGUUCAUGUUUUUUUUUUCCAGUGAGCAGUGUAAGGAUCCACCUGAGGAAAGGUUUGAUUCCAAAAGCCCAAUGCUGUAUAUUUGAGAAAACCAAUGUUCGUUGUUAAAAUAUAACGAGCAGCAGUAAGUUUUUUGGCGUUCAGGAGGGGAAACUUUAAAAAUAUCUUGUCCCAUCAACAAUCCUUGGCAAUCAACAUUAAGUAAUCUGAGACUGGGUAACUGCCAAAACCAGUUUAGGGUUUUGUUGCAUGAAAUAAAACAAAAACUGGUAUUGUAAUGUUUCUUUUUUUAUGAUUUGUUUAACAGAAAUGUUUAUAACUGUGACCUGAAGUCUGUUAACCAUAACUCUCACAAUAAAGUCAGUUCAUUAAUCAAGUUCCCUCUUGAAAAUACCAAUAUAAUUACAAAACCCUCAAAAUGUCCUCUGAUAGUGCAGCAAAGUUCUCAUCAAAGAGUAAAAACAAACUUUCUUCUCUGGACAUUAUCUAGUCGUACACUGAGCGUGGUUAAAAGAAAAGCUGCUGUUUCUCAAAGGUUUCCUCCUGAACUGGUCUGAUUCUGAAAAUCCUCCAGACCCAGUUUCAUGGUGCCUUUGUCAUGAUGUUAGUUGCAUCCAGCAGCGUGAUCAAGCGAAACAGGCCAGAGGGUAUACUUCUACAACUUCUCUUUGUCCUCAACAUCCUGGCCAAAAAUAUGGGUCAUGUAGAGUUCAGUCAAUGUUAUGUGUGCUUGCGUGUGUGUUUUUGUGUAUAGUAUUUUAUAUACGUCUUUCUGUCUGCUUUGCUACAGCUGAUCUAAAAGCUUACUUUAUUGUAAAGACUGACAGCAAACCCUGGUCGGCUUUUGUUGCUUGGUUUAAACCACAGGUGGACCAUGACUGGAACUGAGGGCGCGCUGAUUCACUGCUGGCCUUUGGCUUUCUCGUGUCUCUCUUCUUAACACAGUAUCUGCUAUGAUGUUAUAGUCCUUGAGGGCAAAAUGAGCAAAGCACUAAAGCUUAUUUCCUCUAGAAGAAAGGACCUUUAGCGGCUGGUAACCAAGAGUAAAGAGACAGAGAAAAUAAGUAAAAAAGCAAAUGCGGAAAGGACUCCACAACAUUAGACGCUCACAGCAAAUUGCUAAUUGAAGGAAAACGAUGAUGUGCUUGUUUCGGUGUUACCUGCAGGUCAUUUUCAGCUAUGAGAGGAUGUGAUUUUCUUAAUGAGUGAUGGGGCUGACACCUCUAUCCAUAUUCAUGUGAGCGUAUGUUGCAAAUGGAGGACGUUAAUCAUCACUGAUAAGUAGACUAUGGCGUCUAAUUACAUGUUUACCGUACACAGACUGGUGUCCACCCCUGUAUAUGAAUCCAGCUGGGGUGAUUUCCCAGUGGCAUUUAAAACUGAAGCAGGAUAGACGGGGUGGGGGAUGUGGAGCCCAACAUGUGGGAGCACACUGAGCUGGUGAGAGUCUCAUUAAGGAUACACUGAAAAUGCACACACACACAUGCUGUGGUGCUUCGUUAUGUCAUGCAAUUACCAGUCCAGUGCAGCAGCAUCAGGAAACCUAAUCUUACAUCUCCAUCUCUGCAUUACCUUGUUUCCAGUAUGCGUAAAAGAUGAAAGAAACAAAUAUCCCUCUUUGAUCAUGAUGGUUAUACCCUAUGAGAGAGCGCAGCCUUUCAGCUAACGGCAAGGCCUACAGCAACAGCGUUAAUUGGCUUGUUGGUUAGCAUCAGGAGAGAGAUUUCACAGCAGAGUCUUCCUAUACUCGUUCAAACUCUUCCUGAAAUACAGUAUCAGAGAUCAGCGAGGAAGCCAGUCCAUUAACCCUGAACAAGACUGACCUUUUUAGGUAAAAAAUAUAUAUGUUCUAAUUUCUAAAAGCAGCUUCACAUUAGAAGUGAGUAAAGUAUCAGGAAAGGUACAGAUGGUAGAAGGACCCUAACUCUGAUCCAACAGACCAAAACGGAUGAUUAUUUAGUGUUUUGGUUGCCCAAAGACAUGACAGAACAAACCUAAAGCUUAUGUAGAGUUAAAGGUGGGGUAGGCAGGAUCUGAGGAGGUGCCAGUUUUUGGGAGAAAUCUUGAAUGUAAACUCUACCUCUCCCAACCAGUUUUCCCUUCAGCUCCUCCUCUCCCCUCCCUCUCUGCUGCAUCAAGCUCCACCCACAAACAGAUGCUCCUGCUCGCUCGUAUCUUUCCAAUUAAAUUCAGAUAUAAUGCAGAUAAAUACUUCAGAUAAUUACAAAUGGGGCCCAGUCAAUGUGAAAGUAAACAGCAUUGGUGCUACUGUAGAUGCCAACAGACGACCAGCAAACACAAUGUUUGCAGGACUUCUACAACUAGUAUAAAGUGACAUAGUCCAGGACCCGAGGGAAAGAGUUUAGCGGCGCUGCAACACGCAGCAGGUCCCGUUUGACAAGAAACACUUCUGUUACAGACACUUUGCUUACUUUGUUAAAGCGGUUUACCUGUCCAGCAGAAAGGUUACAGGGUCUGUAAGAUCCCGAAGCAUCCCCUUUAAUUUUAUGUUGACCUGGCUUCUUAGCUCGUCUUGUUGCUUGUGUUGGCAGUUGUGGCUAAAUGAGGAUUCAGAUAAUUCUCCGUACUUUCUGGUUGGUUUUUACUGUCCGAUAUUGUAGCACGUUAACUUCGUUUGGGCUCGUGAACAUUUUUCGUGGAGUGUUCCUCACAACAUGAGGGAGCAGCAUCUGCCUCACAACCAAUCAGGUUGGGGAGGUGGAGAACGGCUUUGUUUACAGUCAGAAAGAGCGGGCCGCUCAAAAAUUUUAAAUGUUGACUACACAGACAUAACAAAACACAGUGAUAUCGGGAUAUUCCCAAAUGUCAUCAAUAACUAAUUGCUAUUGGCUGAUAUUAAAGGUGCUUCAUUAACGGAAUCCUGCCCCACCUUUAAUGGCUGUACGAGUUUUAAAGUCCAGCUCAUGUAAAAGCCCCUGAGCAGACACAUCAAAGCGAUCUUUCACUGUCAGUAUAGUUCCUUUUCUCUAUCAGACGAGCUCUGACUCAGUGACUGACAGGAGGCAAUCUGUGCUGAUAUCAGAUCUUAGACGUGGAGAAGAUGGCUGGAAUACAAAAAGGCUUGGAGAGACGUAUGGAGGAUGGGUAGGUCUGAGAAUGCUCUAUGAUUGAUUCAUCUCCCUCGAGGGGAAAGGUCAGUUCCGCAGGUUUAUCACAGAGAUUGCCAUUUAAACUGCCACUGCUGGAAAUCUUGUGUUUAUUUGAUAUAGCUCUUGGGAGCGCUAACAGGAGUUAAAUACUGAACUCCACUGGCAGAAACAUAUUUUUCUUUGUGUUGAUGUCAUUGGUUAGCUGGAAGAAGGGCAGUGUAGUCCUCAUUAAUUGAAAUGUCACAUAUAGCUAUAGGUUUUAGCCAAGGAUGUACAGUCAAUGCCGUGUGUUAGUGGUAGUGGAGUGAUGGCAAACUUCAAAAUCUAACCUUGGUUUAGUCUUUUAGACUAACCGGUCAUGUCAAAACCUUGAAAAAGGUGUCCUAGUGUGUAAGAUAUCCAUUUGAUGCAGUGUUGUGUGUCCGUAGAGGCAUAUCUGUCCUUCAUGGAGUUGAAGAAAAGUGAGGAUGGACCUCAAAUACUGAAGCCAUGAUUUUCAUGGAGUGAUCAGAUAAAGGUCAAAAGAUAGCUUAGGUUCAUUGGUGAAAAGUGGCUUGUAUUUUGUCCAUGCUACUAAUCAGAUUAACCAUAUUUGUUAGGUUACAUGUACAGUUGUACUACAGUUGGUUAGUGAGCUGGUAAAUCUUGUACAAACCAAGAUAAAGCAAGAUGAAACAGCUACAAAAACACGAUAGUCUGCUAACUGCUAUCUGGAGAGCUGAAUCAGAAGGUGACAGUGUUUUUGGUCCAUUUACAUGCACAGUUAAAGCUAAUAUCAAAAUAAAAUUAGACGAUUUAAGUGGACUGCUGUCCUUAUUCCAGUUUACAUUAGCUAGGCAAGAAUCGUAGUGACAGUAGCAUGUCUUCCUCUUCUAUGGUAGGUGGUAUUAUCCCCCCUUUUAGCUCAUCAUAGGGUCAUCCCCUGGUAUCGAAACAGCUCUGUGCAGUUUGUCAAGAAGUUUUGCCUCUGCUUCGUCUGUCAAGGUUUUGUGGACUACGUGUCUUCAUUGCAAGGCAUUCAUGAUAUUCGACAUGUGGCUCGAAGCCCGGCAUGCAAACACCACAGCAUGUGUGCAAAACACUUGUCCAGGUUUUAGUUCAGUCCAGACAGAGAAAAUGGAUCCCAAACUGCAAUAUCUAGGUAUGUUAAUUCGACUAUGACGAGUUCAAUUUAGUGGCGGGUGACCAUACAUCCUCUUUUACCCGGACAUGUCCUCUUUUUUGGGGGGCUGUCUGGACAGUCCAGGUUUGUUCGGCUUAGUGUGGGGAAGUUUAUAAAAAUCAUUCAAAUGUCCGCGGUUUUGUACGUAAGUUUCAGGUUUGUGUCACAUGGACUGACUGAGUUAGAAGUGUAUAGAAGACACUCGAUCCGACCCGAAAAACUCUCAAAAUUAACUCUGUGCGACUCCGUGACUCCGCCCCUGCAUAGUCGUGUCCUCUUUUUCGGAAGUCAGAAUAUAGUCACCCUAAUUUAGUGAGAUUUCAGUCAGACUGAAACUAUAUUUUAACGAGCACCGUCAGUAACAGGGAUGUUGCUCCUUGGUUAGACUGUGAACUUUAACUUUAAAAAAGUUCCCUUUCCCUGUUGUUGUUUUUUCUCUUACCACAGACAACUAGUUUAUCGGGAAAAUCUCUUGUGAGGCACAGCUCAUUUAAAUGUGUGAAAUUGAAAUUCAGUGCCUCACUUUCCUAUGUUUUAUAUGUAGGAGUAUUUUCUGAGAUGAGCUGGGGGGGUGGGAAGAACAUCUGCUGGAUAAUAUGUGUAAGCUGAACAGUUCAUUCUGUCGUGACACUUUGACAGCAGAUGUAGCAAUUAGGAGUUGGAAAGAGUGUUGGACCCUUUUCUUCACAGAGUCUACGGAAACUCAGCAGAUACAAGAGAUAAAUCAUGAAGAGAAAGAUAUGAACAUAUAUUUCACACAAAGAGGAGUGUCGGAUUCUUCGAGUGGAAUAUAUUAAAGUGCUAAAGAUUACUUAAAGCUGAAUGUAAAAGCCUGGGGUGGUAGUUGGAUCCAGUGUAGUAGAAACAGGGCGUCAUACACAUAAAUCUGUCAUCACGCUGUAGCUCAUUGUGCUUUUGUCAUUACUGUAGUACAAGCCUGGAAACAUAAUUUCUGCUGGAUACUCCAGAGAUGUCAAGCUUCACUCCCACAAGAUUAAAGAUUGCAUUACAAAUUAGUACGCAUGAGCCAUCACACUGAGCUGCGAUUUGCUCUUGGUUAACAUCGAUUAAUCUGAAUCGUUAAACCCGGGGGUUUGCAAUGAGGCAGCUAAGUAUACUUCAGCAAGAAGCAGAUUCUACCAACAGAAUUGAAUCAUGGUUGAACUAUUUUAGCUUUCCAACAACAGCAGAAGAUCAAAGAUAAGGCUUCGGAAAAUAGAAAUAGUUCAAAGAUUGGGCUGGAAUUGAAAGAAAGCCGUGCACACACCAAAGUAACGGGAGCAGGUCCCCUGCCACACAUUAAUGUGUACAUAAUCUGCUAACGGUCGAUUGUCUUUUCUUUUCAGCUUUUCUAUUUAUGUCAAAGAGCAUAAAAAUAAUAAGGCUGCCGAGGCUGCACGAUGCAUAGGUUUACAUCUUAUCUACAUCAGAGUCGCUUUGAAGAAAAGUCUGGUGGGAUUUUGCAUUUUUCUCUCAUCUUAGGAGCUCAAAAAAAAGACUCAAACCAACGUUGAUGUGAUCCUUACAAGUAUUUUUACUCCUGCUGUCAAAACUUGACAUAGUGUAUCUCUAGACCACUCUUGAUAAAGUACUUUUCAGAAUACAAGUAUGACAACAAUUUCACAACUGUAAAAAUGAAUUUAAAAAAAGAUGCAUCUCAAACUUCUUAGAUGGUUUAUUAAUUUCAACUCUAUCUUACAUGGUUAAAAAAAAAGGCUGUUUUGGAUUUUGGAAAUGUUAGACAUAAAUAUUUUAGUAUUUUCAAAAGUCUGAAACAGCUAAGCACUGCAGUUUUUAAUCAGCUUCAAGUGUAAUUUCACCAGCAGCAGAGUCAGUGUGCUUGCAAGCUUUUAGGAAACUAGACGAGUGUCUGUGGAAUUGACUCAUAUUUAACAACAACCCUCCUUUUCCACAUAAUUAAGACACACGCUAAAACCAGUUUGGUACGAAGCACCGGAAGGAUUUUGAAAUAGUGUCACAUUCUUACUGACGCCUCCUCAUGACCUUCACACUGUAUAAUGAGAUUAUGAGCAAUAGGAGCAGCUGUUUCUUUGUGCUGAACUUUAAUGUCAGUGUUUUCCACUGAAAAAUAAGCCUUGGCUCUGUUUAGAGCUCUGUUAAAGUUUGAAAGUGAGAAGGAAAAAAGGAUUUUUUGACUUCAAAGCAGGUUGAGCAAAAAUGCCUCAGUUUAAGUAUUGUUAUAAAAGCGGAAAAAACAACUUUUCAACCAGGGUUAAAAAACAGAAAAAAAAAAGCUAUGAACCACUUUAAAAGUGUGGAUCGAUGCAGGUGGGAGAUUUUUUUAAUUUCCGUUUUGAGAUAUAAGCCAAAUUUUCGAAAUUAAAGUUAAAAUUUUAAAAAGUCGAAAUGAAAAAAGUCAAAAUUUCGAGAUUUAAGUCGAAAUUUCAAGAUUAAAAAUGUGGAAAUGUAAAAAAAAAAUUUGAAAUUUCGAGAUAAAAAAAAAUUGACAUUAAAGUUGAAAUUUUGAGAUUACAAAAUGUUAAACUGUGAAUAGUGUCGUAAUGUCGACCUAAAAUUUCGAAAAGGUAAAAUCUUGAUAUUUCAACUUCACUCUGCAUCCUGCAUUGAUUUUUCUCAACAGAUAAAAGUAGUAUUGGUAAUGUUUGUUGAAUAUGUUGGGUUUUCAUUUUAUUAGGUUUUACUGACAAAAGAAAAACAAAUAGUUGGCUUCAUUCUUUAUCAAAAUUUCUACAACAAAUAGUCUUUUGCCCUGUGAAAUGUAGACAGUAACAGAGUAACUGUCCUUUGUUCAUCAACCUGCUGCUGUAGGUAUUUAUUCCACACAUGGAGGUCAUGUGCAGCAAUGACCUGUUUGAAAAAUUCAUUAGUAAUUUCAAACAUAUCCAUCUUAUAUAUUAUGUCCUGUUCAUAGAAUAUGCAUGCAUACCCUGCAGGUUUCCCCAAUUAUGUCAUAAACCCAAUGCAACGAUUUUCGAGUGAUUGCUUCAAAAAGGACCUCUACACUAAAUCCUUAAUCCACAUUUAAAUCUGAUCUAUCAGUCACCAAGUUUUAUAUCCAUCUACAGAUGUAGGUUACUCUACAUGUUCGCCAUGCUCAGUCAUAAAGGUCAGUUUUGUUUACAUCUACCUUUCAUACAGAUAGGUGUCACUGUGCAGGUGUGGCAGAGCUCAUGUCAGUGAAGAUAAAUGUGCAAGGCUAAAUUGCAGUGUGCUCCAAAACCCAUUCCCCAUUGGGUCUAUUGAUCAAAAAAGUAGACAGAUGUAGCUGUGGGCUAUCAUAUACUGUAGUGCGACAACAGGAGCUGUACAGGUCAUUAAAGGCAAAAAAAAUGACAUGACAUUGUAUCACUAUAAAGAAUGGUGGUUGGAUGUAUUUUAAUAAAAAGGUAUACAUGAAGGUUUGACUGAGAGUUAUGUUGACUGUCCUGUGUUUAAUCUUGGAGUGAGUGCUCUUCUCUGAAAGCAGGGCCUGAGAGUGAGUUGACUUGAUGGGCGGUUUGACAAAAAGGAAGAAAGAGAAAAAUGGAGUGUUUCGACAUGUGAAUGGAGCAGUUAAGUUUUAUUUCCCAUCAUGAAAAUGGCAUUAACAAGUUAGUAUAAUCAUGCAUGGGUGCCUGAUGGUAUUCCUCCUUGACAUUUCUCAGUGCGCCAUUAAGGGAAACCAGGGAAAAGCCCCUCUGCCUUAUAAUUUGAUUUUCAGAUCACCAGCUCCUUAAUGAUGAAGCAAUUAACCGAAUAUAUUUGAGCUCAAUAUUCAGAGUCCCAUCCCAGCAAAGAACAGAUAUACUGUAUUUGAUUAGUCUUUUCCAAAUCCAAGGCUCAGAGAGGUGAACUGUUAAAUCCACAGCGUCAUGUUCCAGCAGCACCGUGCACCCCAGAGCUAAUCUAAGCUCAGUCUGUAGUCGAUGGUUAGGUUUCCAAAGGAAGCACCACAGCCAAGAGGUGUUCCCCCAUUCUGCCCUGCCCCAUUCUUCUAAAGACAUGCACCAUGUCUAUUUUAAGUGUCCCACACAUCAUGCUUCAUGCCGAACAGAGGAGAUCAUCCUUGACAGAACAUCCAACACAGAAACCACUUCAAAACAACAUGUGCAGACUCCCAGUUGUAAAUCAGAUCAUGUGGUUGAUUUAUACUUAUUUAUAAUGUCGAUAUUGUUGAUAACUUUAAGCUGUUCAUUUUGUCUGCUUGUGUUAGCACAAUGAUUGUGACAUACAUGCUUCCUGUGGAAUUAAAGGGAUAUUCCUGCAUAAAAUAAAUUUAGGGUCAAACACACCGUCGAGUUAGACACCCCUUCAAGAGAUGACUCUUGCUGACCGUUUGCUUCUCUAGUUAUACCAACUUUAGUAACGACAGCACAAUAGUAAUACACAGCGGUCUGAGGAGCCAUAAACAAACCUCAACCAAAACGCCACUCUGUAGCCACAAAUAAUGCUCAGAACAGCACCUAACUUCAUCAACAGCACAUAAAGGGUCCCAGCCAUAGUACUAGCCACCAAACAUCUUUUUAACUUUGCCUGAUUUCUUUAACAAAGAGACUAAACACAACUCACCUACUCUCUUCCAGCAGCCACUUGUUUAGUGAGACCAAGGGCCAGUCUAUUACGGACUGAAGCGGGGUGACGAAGCUCAAGGAAGAACAUUUAUGAUGUUCGUGUGUGGCUCUUCAGACCGCUGUGUAUUGCAACAUUCAUCUCUCAACGGGGUGUCUAACUCGGUGUUAAGGUGUGUUUGACCCAAAAUUAAUUUUACGCCAGAAUAUCCCUUUAAGCAACAGUCACUCAAGAUGAGAAGAUAACCUACAGACAGAAAUGUCAUGCUGUCUUUUAAUUUUCAUUUUCUUUUGUGUUAAUGUACAUUUAAAGGCAAUGUCCAAGAACGUAAGCAGCGUUCAUAGGGAGCACUGAAAAAAGGCAAUUCUGCAGCUGUAAAGAAGCAUUGGUCUCUCGCUGACCUUGCAUUCCUAUGCCCCUCUUCCCAGUCCAUUUAUGUCCUCAUACAUUUAAGCUUUAUGUACUCUACACAGAAUGACAGCUCCAGUUCUUUUCACUUCCACUGUGUUGGGUUAUAUCUCUUUUGCGACUAAAUGAUGCAGCACACUGGAAAAGGGCACCAUUUCUAAAGAUAUCCCACAAGGGUUAUGGAAAUUUACCAGACCUUUGGAGUAGUAAUGUGGUUUGCACAUUUGAUGGAGGAAAGUAAAGGAAACAUUUUUAAACUGGAUGAUACUACAGUGAAGUUAUGGUUUGACCACUUAUGCUUUAUUAUUACUAUUACUUUAUGUUGGAAAAAAGAACUUUUUAAUCUAAGUGUUUACACAUUUAAACAGUACCGUUCUCAGCUGAUUAAUAUUCGUAACAACUUCGUAAUGUUGCUUCUUGUUUACUGAGACUAGACCUCUGCUGAGUCUUGGUUGUUAUUCUGGAUACACUCUGCCAUUAAAAAAAGAAAAACUGUUUAAUUUUGCACAAACCUAGCAGGGUGUCUUGGAUCAUUGAGUUAUAUUCUCGUCAUGGGACACGUACCGUGCCUGGGUUCUCUGUUAUAAGAAUUGUUGAAUUAAUAAUUUUGGAUGAAUUAAGCAAUAAAGGAGAGGACAUUUUGCCGUGAUGAAUAUCAGAACAGCUGUGAUUGGAUCAGACAUGAGGCCUCAGGCCCUGUAAUAAAGAUAACCACACAGGACAACAUGCAUUACUCAACAGUACAAGCAACACAUAGUAAGUAUGAAGUGAUAAAUGAUUUGUCAAAACUAUUUUGUCAACUUGGCAUAAAUAUUUGUAUUACUCUUGCUUCUUUGGGGGAAGUAACAAACAAGACUCACUUUAAUUAUUUAAAUCAAAACUUUACUGAGAUGUUUUUUGUAGGAGCAAUUAUAUCCUCCUUAACUCUGCAUUGCACCUGUUAUUAAGUAGAAAAAAGUGGAGAUCAAAUAGAUUUAAGCUUUUCAUCGAUUGCGUGACUGCUAGCUAACUGGCUGACAUCUUCCACCUGACAGUCAGGUGAGCUGGACCCUCUGACUAAUACUAACAUGUGGACAACAUUUCUCCACACAUUAACAGUCUCCUGUUGGUUACUUAAUUAGCUUAGGAAGACAUCAAUAAGCCUACAAUCAGAAAGACCGGUCAUGAGCAGAGAACUUUGGAGCAUUCAACAAGUUACUCUGGCAAGGAAAAACCUUUUGUUUGACAGGCAGAAACUCAUGAUAAACAGCCAUCUGCCUUCACUGUGUUAGACCUGGAAUAGAGGGAGAGAGGGAGAUGGACAUAACGUUUUUUCUUUUACAUAAGUUGGGGGUCAUAUACACCCUUUCACGUCCCAUUUUGAAGAACUUAGUACAGUUAAGUAAAUUUUAAAGUAUUUUUAAUGUGAGAUUUGAUAAAAUUGUGCAACUGUCACCACGGCAGACAAAAUGACGUGUGAUUGCAGUAUAAUAAGUGGUAUUUUGACUCUACUAGCUUGUUCAUUAAGGAACAUGCAGACAUAUAGUUUGAAAGAAAAAAAUUAACAUACAAAUAUCACAUUUAUACACCUUAAAUUUAAACCGGUGUUUAUUCGAGACUUGUUGGAGAUGACUACUCAGGUAAAGUUUGAGAACUUGGACUUUGACUCAGAGCAUGUACGAUUUUUCACCACCAAGGUAUGUUGAAACAAGAUGUAAACGAUCCCUGAGACUUUGCUGUGCUGUGCUAGGAUUUUAUUUGUCUUUGUAUUGGUCUUUACUCACCGGGGCAUUCACUGGCAUGCAUUCAUCUUAUUUUUCCUCUCUCAAGUUUUGAUACAAGUCGAUUAUGUUGCAACUUUAACUUUGCAAGAUUUGCAUAUCACUUCUUUCUGUUCAUCAAAAUAUUCCCAUGUUUUAGUCAAGUGUCAGCCUGCACGUCAGAAUCUGCGUCACUAGGUUUUGUGCACUGGAUGUCUCUGACCAGUUGCACUUGAGAAAUAUUUCAUCUUUUCAUUUUAACUGACCAAAGUAUGUUAGUACAGAUCACUUGGACAGGACUAACUAUUAUUUAUCACCUGCUAUUAAAAAUGUCUUCCUUAAUGGUUGUAGAGGAAGACAGUUCAUGUUGAAGGAGCAUUUUUCUAAAAAUUGGAAAACAAGACAGCCAUGGCUAACACAGUCCAUGCAUCCAUGUUCGUAGAAAAUAACUGCAUGCUGUUUCCCUGAACCAUCGCUCAUGUGUUCACAUACUUUGAUUAGAAUAAAUGGUUGAAUGAAAAUUCUGCUUAAACACAGGUGAGGUGGAACAGUAAUCAAAUCUGGAGUAGCUCCUCAAAUGAGUUGCACAUAUGCCGGCUGCCUGUGGUUAAUCUGCUGACAGUACAGUUCUGACAGUUUUGUCAAAACAGUGUUUCCCUCUCAUGGUUGAAAAGUGCACCCGAUUACACCCAUCCAGACUUGAAGUACUGUAUCUGUAAGUCUGUGUGAUUAUUCAGCCAGUCUAUUCCAGGAAAGAUUAAAAGCAUGUUUUGUAUCCUUGUCUAUUUAUCCUCCUCCUGAGAGAGAUGAUAUAAACACACUAGUACAGAGGAGCUGUCUGGCAGACGGAUAUAUCAAAGACAGACUCUAACUCAUUCCCGAGCAGCUGUUUGAAUUCUUCAUUUGUAUGAGCAUCUUCAUUUCUCGGGUACUUAAAACCGUUUGUACACAGCUUUGAUUCAGCUUUGCUUUCUAAGCCAAAUAAAGUCACUUACUAACUAAGAAAGUGACGGCAAAACUGGCUGUGUAAUGAGAGGAUAAAAGGGGCUGUUGCGUAUUCUCGACAGCAGCCUGGCACGGAUGCCCAAAUGAAAGGGAGGCAAAAGGUCAGGCUCAUUAAAUGUCAGCAAAGACCAUCUUAAUAAUUGAAAUCACUCAGACAAAAGAAGCACAGAAUUUAACUCUUAGAAGCUACAAGAGCAGUUUUAUAGUAACUUGUAUAAUGCAUCUUGUUAAGAGUUUCACAGUACUUAAACCUCAAAAGGCUUUGUGCCUUAUGCAAAUGUUUUCAUAUUCACAGUACACUGCUCAUCAAUAGAAAUAUUAGUUUUUGGCAACUGUCCAGUUUUUUCUCUAUUUUUGCCUCACUGCAUUUAAAACCUCUGUCAAGAGUUUUCACCUUCUGACAGAUGAAUUUGAGCCAAAAAUCGACGGAGCCAGUCAUUUGACAUGCCUGUAAACAGACUGAGGCUGUUUCAUCCUUUACCCCUUUCUUUAAUACAGAGAAUAAUAAAGCACUGAUGACACAAUGCACAUAAGGGUUCCAAUUAGAAAUGCAUGAGGGCUUUUCAAGAGGUGAUGGAAGCCCUGAGGGACGCAGAAACAGACAGCUCAGGAGGAAAGGUUCAGCUGCAAACCUCACCACAAUAAGUUUACUGGAAUUCUCUUUUCUGUCUGGGAAGUUUUAUGCUAUAAAAUAGUUCUUAUAUGCAGAGCAAACACCGUUUUUAAAAGACAAUGCAGAAGAUUGAUCAAAUACUAAUCAGGAACCGAAACUUGAGAGUAUUGUAGUCAAGUCACCAAAGAAGAACCGAGUGAAGCCUAAAUAGUCUGUAUAACCUGGGUCUCAGUCAGGUCCUCUUCAUUAACAACAUUAGUCAUAAUUUUUGACUGACUGGUCUCAUCAGUCAGUGCGUUUACAUGCAAAGUUCAGUCGAGCUACAGUUAUAGCUCAGUUGGGCGAUUUACCUGUCCUUGUCUCAGUUUAAAUGCACUGGGCAAAAAUCAAAUUAUUGACACAAAUAUGUAAACCUCUGCUACAAUAGGUGGCAACAUGCCUCCUUUCAGCUCCUUACUUUUGAUGAAUUGCAUAUGAAAAUAUAGUCAGCUGGACACUGAAGAGGCAAACAGGAUGUCGGCUACAUCAAACUAUGAAAAACUUCAGUAGAGUUCAUUUGUACGGUAGGAAAGUUUCAUCUUUUUAGUCUUUUCUUUGUCUCUCAAGGUUUUGAUUACCACUUGCCUUCCUAGCAUCACAUCCAUGCUAUUCCACUUUCAGCUCAGAGCCCAGUGGACCAUCACGGGGGCAUGCAUAUAACGCUCGGGCUAGUUUUAGUUCAAUGGAGCAUAAACAUGACACAGAAUAUUAUACCAAGUCGAUUUCGUGCAAUCCAGUGUGAUAAAUGUGUUCACAUGUAUAAUAAAUUUUCAGUUUCAGUCAGACUGAGAUAAUAAUUUAGAUUUUUAUAACAACAUAUGAAAGUACUUUGUGUGUCUGGAGUUUUGAUAUAUCAUCCAAGGUAUUCAACAGUCCAUGAACAUCAGAAUUCAGGUUAGACUCAAAAACAGGUGUCUGAGUUCUGGUAUCUGAAUUAGACUUUGAGUCAUCCUUAAAAGCCAGCCCACUGAGCAUGUUUUGGUCUAAAAGAGAUCUAAAAGACGUCUAAAUGUAGCCUAGAGGACUGGUCUAAAAUCAGGCUACCACAGGUCUAAAAAUGAACGUUUUUAGACAUCUAAAUUUAGACCAAGUUUAGACUAAAUCUAAAUCUUGGCUAUAUCUAUACUACACAGUAUAUUGCUCAAUGGCUAUCAUAAUUACUUUGGUUAAUUACUUGGAGAUCAGUUAUGCAACUCGCAGUUACUUUUUUAAAUAAAUAGGUAUUGAAUAAUGGGUUAAAGUGCAACGUCUAAAUUCUAGAUGGUUGAAAAAAGUCUAGAUGUCUAAUAGCCGUCUAUUGUUUAGUGGGAGUUUACUUGUAAGAAUGCAGAACAGAGAAAAUACUGAGGAUGUGGACUAUUUUGUCAUAUUUACACUUAGUGGCAAUGACAGUGCCAUAAAUGUGCUUUGGUACAGUUUCAUGAUCAUAUCCAAUCAUAUCAUCAUAAAUGCUUGAAUUAGAAAACCAUUUUAUAUGGUCAGUACGACACUGGGUCAGAAAUGUAACAGCCUUUUUUUACAGAUACUGUUGUUUCAUCACUGUUUAUUACCAUCAACAAGCAGAAAUGACUCACACACAGCUGAGAAAUGACUAUUCUUAUACUGAAGUGAACAACUCUGUUGCUUUGGUGCCAGAGAUGUGAAAUGACCUUUGUCAGUGGUCUCUGGCCGGCUGUGUCAAAAAGCAUCCUCAAACACGGCUAGAAUACACAGUUGUGUCUGAGAUCCAUUAGUACUUUUAGAAAAAUACAAAAUUCAUCGUCUGAAUUAUUUGCCUGUCUGAACGCUGAUGACCACCUGUCAGAGAAAAUCCCACUGGAGACCAAACCCGGUAUUUUAUUGUUCUGUGCAAAUCCGCAAAACAAGCAACAACCCAAGACGGACAGUUUGUUAUCAAUGGCUUAGUGCAAGAGGCUGAAAAUCCAUCCUCCUGUGUACCUGUGUGAGAGUGUGUAAGAGAGAGUGAUGGAUGAAAGUGGUACAAACACAGUGUAAAAUCAGCAACACUACAGAGUGGACUGUAGCCAGAGGCAGUGGAGUGGAGUCAGGGGACCAGUGAGAGUUGAGUUUCAUAACGUAAGACAGACUGAGAUAUGUGCACGAGACCAGCGGGAAAAUCAACAAAGACUCUGGAUAUUUAUCCGUUUAUUUAUUCAUCUAUUCUUUAGCUGUGCGUGAUCAGUGUUGUCACUUCAAGGAUGGAAACUAUCAGAUAGUUACAUACAGUAGCUGUUUGUUUUAAGAAUGCUGUUUACUCUUGAAUGUCAUGUCAUAUUACUAUUUUUUUUUCUUUUUUUUAAGCUAAACUGCUUAAAGGCAAGAAUUAACUGUGGAUUUAAACAUAGGUGGUGAUGGAUUCAGAGAUGGUCACUGGCUCAUGAAUGCUUUCGGUUUGUUUUGGAGGCACAGCCAUCUGAAAAAUUUGAAGUGCUCCUUAUUCAACCUCGACUCUUGCCGGCUGCGACUCAGAACUGUUGCUUUUGCGUGGAUUCUGCAUUUUAUAGAUUGUCUUACAUUACAAAUAUAGCAAACACAACAUUGUGUUCUUCCGUAAUCGAUUCAUACACUUGGCGGCAUUCAUUCUGAUUCAGACACUGAAGGGCAGACGCUGUCGAUUUAGUACACCAAGGAAUUAGCUGUUUCCAUCUAAAAGAGUGGGAAAUAUUGACAAAUGUUAAGUAAGCAAGGACACUCAAAGGUGUGUGUCAGAAAGUAAUCUGCCUAAGUGCCAACAUAGCUUGAAUAUUUUAUGAAAGUAAACUCCAUCAAGGAACUAGCCUGAGUAAUUGUUCAUUAAAAGGUGAUUUUAACUCAGACAGUUGGAAAAAACUACUGGGUACAUCUCCUGGUGUUACAUAUUCAGCUAAAGCUGCCAGUAUGUGAUCAUCUGGUGUGUCCUAAGACUGGUCAUGGUUUAUAUCCAUGUCAACAUCCACCAUUAGAGCUUGAUUCUCCAACAUUCCCAACAACACAACUAUUCAACAUCUCUCUGAAUCUGCUUAGUUUUCCUCUUCAAGUUCCAAAAAUAUCCUCCUUAAAUUCCUCGAUCCUGCAGCCCCUGACAGUGCAGUUUAUUCAACUCUAAAUACAGCCAAGAAGCCGUAAGACUAGUGGAUCUGUGACUGGCUCCACACACACUCUCUUGAGAACACAGCCCAUCAAGCAAAGCUGUGCCUUGGAGGGGAUUGAACCCACCAUUUGUACUGUAGAGUUUCAGAUCAUGACAGAUCAUGAACUGUUAACAAUUGUAUCAAAAGCAUGGGGUGCAAUCAGCUGUGCAACAGCAGGGGUCGGUGGGAAAUCAAAUCUGUUAUGAACCAGGGCUGUCUGGCUUGAGUGUGGUUCUCUUGCUCUCUUAUGUUUCCUUCUCACUUUCUCUCUUCUUUCGCCUGUUGGUUAUUCCUGUCAGUAGCCGUCUGAGCUUCACUGGAGCUUGUAUCAACUUCUUCCUCUCCCUGGUGUGACAUUUAUAGCAUUACAAUUGAGCCAUCAAUCUGUCAAGCUUUACCCCCGCUAAGCCACGAGCGGUGGGAAGCACAGGAGAGGGACAAGUUUACCUUAGCGUCUGCUUUGCUUCUGUAUGGUUAUGGCCUAACAAGCACAAUAAGUCUCAGACAUGAUGGGAAAUGGAUAAGCUUUUAGUUGCCAGCUGAGGCAUGCCGUUGCGUCGUUUUUCACCCUCAUUUCCCCAUCUACCGCCGCAGAUUUUUUGCUGAUGACUGACUUGGUGAUAGCUGUUGGCUUCUCAUUCUGUUGGAUUCUCAUUAUAUUUUUUUCGCACCCCCACCCCCACUGCUAUAUCUCAUACAUAAACACACUCCUCCUCUGCUGUUUUCCAAAACCUUCUCUCUUUUUCUUUCCCUUUGUGUUCAUUCCCCUUCUUUCUCCCCUCCCUCCCUCUCUUCUCCCUGGGUGAUGUCAGACUGAGCUCCUGUAAGGAGGAGAUAAAGCCCCCCAGCAGGGCAGGACCACAGCUGUCGCCUUCUGACUUCCUGGACAAGCUCAUGGGAAAAACAUCAGGAUAUGAUGCCCGCAUCAGACCCAACUUCAAAGGUAGAGUAUGUGUCAAAGCAGACCAUCACAGUAGCUCUCGAGAAAAUCCGGCUGUGAAAAAACAAAGACGAGUGGAUCUACGCUGUGAAAGCUAAACAGCUGACUACUCCCAUGAGUAUCAAAGACUGUGGUGUGGUCGAAUAUAUACGACUUCUAAGCAGAUUUAUAGAUGUUUUUGCAUGACAAAUUUCCAACCAUGAUCAUCUCAGACAGAGUGAGCCUCACCGAAUCAAUGUGGAGCAUCAUGAUUUGGCUGUUCAAUGCAGAACUUGCACACCUACUACCUCUGCAGCAUCCACACUUCAGAAUCAGAAUCAGAAAAACUUGAAUAAUCCCCAGGGGGAAAUUGCUUAAAGAGGGGCCUUGAGAGGGGCUCUAGGUGUUUUUAGAUCACAGACUUGCGAUCAGGGUUCCUACACAGUUGAAAUUUCCACUUUUACCCUACUUUUUAGAAAUAUUUUUGGGAAUACCUACUUUUCUACCUUAAAAACAGAAUUCUUUUUACUGUGGUUAUAGUCUGGAAACCUAAAUAUUUUUCCAUACUUUAUUUUUCAUUAACUAUAUUUUUUAAAGACCUGGAAAUUGAUCAAAUUACGUCCAUACUUCUCCAUACUUGCAUAGGAACACUGUGCUAUCCUUGUCAGAGCUCAAACAAACACUCAGUAAUGAUCCACACCACCAGGAAGAAAGGAGACAGACACACAAGGCUGGCGUAACGGCUACCUUUAUGAAUCACAGACAAAUGUUCUCAUCUGUAACCAAGCGCUGAUUUUUCUCCUUAUCUGUCUUUGCCCGCCUGAAUGUGCGUUUAUGUGUCUUGUUCAUAUGAAAUGCUUAAUUCGCAGCUGUCCAAAUACGUAUACUUAUUUAGAAAAUAUAACCCCAAACACAGUGAGACUUGGUCCAUCAGUAACUUGGAGCUCCGUGUUCAUGCAGGAUGAACUUUUAAAUUUUAGAAAGUGUUCUAUUGAAUGGGAUUAGAAAUGGAAAAAGCAUUUUAUUUAAUGAUGAGUCAAUUAAUGUUAAUAAUCGAUAUUACAAUUAGCUUCAAAAGUCUUAUCUAUAUCUAACAUAUCUAUUUGUUGUGCAUGAAAACUUAAUGUAUUAUGAGAGCUAUGUCCAAAAAAUAGAAAUAUAAUUAAAUUGGAAAAAACUUUGUGUGGAGUGCAGAUAAAAAUGCAAUUAACAAACAUCUUCAGGUUUGUAUGUUUUUCUGAAUCAGCAGAAGUAUAUAAUUUUUCAUUGUCCCUGAACGUACAAUACCUUCAGACGCUUCUCUUUGACCUUUCUGCUCUUACUUUUAACAACCCCAGCCAGCCUUUUCUUGAUUUUCCUAAAAAUAAAAAAUAAAAACUUUCCUCCAGAUGGUUUCAGAAAAUGAGAUUUUGUUUUGGCUGUAAUUAAACUUCAAGUUAAAGCUGAAAAAUAACCCGUACUUUUAUCUAGUUCUUUAAAGGAGCCGGUUCAUUCAAAGCUGAACAUGAGCUGCCAUGACUUGGGCUUGAAGAACAUUUUUAGAUUUAUGAAGGAAAAAAACUGCUGUGACCAUUAAAGACAACAAUAUGUUUAUUUAUGUCUAUCACUUUGUCUUUUGAAGUUUUGAACUGUCUCCUUGACCAUGAAAAGCGCCAAAUCUCCAACACAAUCAGCAUUAUUUUUUUAUUUCCUGACUGUGAUCAUUUCUUUGUUUUUUCUCUCCUCAGGCCCACCUGUGAAUGUCACCUGCAAUAUUUUCAUCAACUCCUUUGGGUCCAUCACAGAAACUACAAUGGUAAGCAGACCGUAAAGAUAUCUUUCUUGAGAGAGAGGGAGAGACAGAGAUAAGCGAGUACAUGCUCAACAACAUCCUCGCAUCUUCAAAAACCACACUUUUUGCAGACAUUCGUAUAGAUUAUGUUUUAUAUUGUCUUACUUAUACCACUGCAGGAUUUACAAAGCUAGAAAUCUCACUCUACUCUCUUUCUUCCCUACUACCUCCUUUGCUAAGCGGUUCCCUCAUUUCUGUGUUUCCUGGAGCAUAACAGUGCAACCUUCAGAGACCACUGGGUCACUGACAUGCUGAUAAUGAACUGUCCACUCUGCAAUUAAAAUGAAAAAUUGAGAAAGUGAAUGAAAAGGAGGUAUGGGAGAGAGGACUCAGGGUUCAGGGGGAAAAAAUGGCCAACCUCGAGUUCGCAUUUACAGUGUUAUACCUGCUGGGUCAGCACCAUGCAGCAGUGCACUUUUUAGAGGCCUCAGAGGAUCCGACCUACAGCAAAAACACUUAUAAUAUAAUUGUUUGCAAGAAAGAAGCAUGCUUUUCUCUUUGGCUAAGGAAGAGAAGAUGCACUGAAGAAAAUAUCUGCAUUGCCAAUAGAUGAAUUCUGAAUUAAUUGCAUGGAUUAGAAUUCUAAUUUAAUCACUCAUGCAUGCUGGCCGCAGGCUGAAAUGAUUGUGUCGGUAUUUGUCCUUGGCCUGACUCACUUUGCCAACUCUGCUCAACAGCACACUGUAUAUGUCUGCAACAUUGGAACAAAUCACACCAUCAGAGUUGAUCAGUAACUAUGGUCAAAUGUGAAAAAAGAUGGUGAAGCAGGGAAAUUUACAAGAGGGACAAGCUUUAUUCUUGAAACAUGAAGCUAAAUAAGAUGUGCAGAAAACAGCAGUGCUACAGGUUUCUACUCGAGGCUUCUGCAAAAGAAAAGGAAAUCCCGUAACCCCCAUGUUAAAAUGCUGAUUUGAUUCAAUAAAAUUAAAUCUUUAAAUAGAAUCUUCACCAAAAAAGAUACUUUGACCGUCAAAAAUUGGCAGGAUGUGAUUUUUGUUGAAAGACAUGACUGAAACACGCAGACAACAAGAUAAGCAAAGACUGCUUUGUCCACAGGGGGCGCCAAAACUGACAUAAACCAAAAAGUUUUCUACAGGAGCUUUAAGGUCAAAAGUUUUCAUAGUGAGGAACAAUCAAGGGUGUGGUUGAUUUUGUUGUGUCUGUCAGCCAGGAGACCAAAGGCUGGCCUCACUCCCACCUCUGUGCCUCUUAUUAGAAUCAUCUCAAGUUAUGUUGAUUUAGCAUCAACAGCAUGGUGAGACCGAUUGUUGGGUCAUAAAAAGCACAACUUGGGGUGCACAGAUGGCUGAGUGGGUUAGUGUGCCCCAUGUAUGGGGACCACGGUCCACGCAGCGGUUGCGGGCUCGAGUCCAGCACCAACCAUGUGCUGCUUCUCUCUCUCCAUCUCCCCACAUUUUACACUGUACUACAAGUAAAAGGCAAAAAUCCCCAAAAAAAUACUUCAAAAAAAAAAAAACAAUAAAAAAAAAGUACAACAAAUUUUCUAACAAAUUGUCACUUUUGCCGCUGCUGUAGAGAUUACUUGUCCGAUGCUUGAAAUUUGUUUGUAAGCAAAGUUACAGACUCAAUAUAAGCUAAACUUUAAUUAAACAUGGUGGAAAUGUGUUGCAUUAGUAAAGGAAGGGCUGGUUAUAUUUAAACUGAACUCAACUGGAGCAGAACAGAUUAUUUUACCAUUAUACUAAAGUGAAUUUUCCUUAUUGUGGAAAUAUAUCCACAAGGAAGACCGGAUGAUAAACAGUCCUUCACUGUCACAGUGCUUUCUGGUACCAUUCACAACAAUCAGUUUUUAAACCCUGAGAGACAACCUGUUCACAAGGGCCACACUACCCCACAUCAUAACAACACCCAGGUGCAAGAAGAUGGAUUAAUCGAUAUUUUUAUCAAAAAUAUAUCAAAAUUCACACAGACAUUGUUUUGUAUUACUCUGUGAAGUUACUUUUAAUUGUUAAUUAUCUAAAGGAAGAUAACCAUCUCAGUUUUCAUCUCUCUAGUUUUGCUAAGCAUAGUUUAAUUACUAGUCCAAAUGGUCUUUAUUGAUUCACCGCCCUCUCACCAAGUAACUUCUGCAGACUAAUCCACUCCUGCUGAGAUUUCCAUCUGUAUAACAACCUUCACUGAUGCACCAUUUUCCAUUACCCACAUGCUUUCCUCCGCAGGACUACAGACUCAAUGUAUUUCUACGGCAGAAAUGGAAUGACCCCCGUCUGGCCUACAGUGAAUACCCCGAUGACUCCCUUGAUCUAGAUCCAUCCAUGCUGGACUCUAUCUGGAAACCUGAUUUAUUCUUUGCAAACGAGAAAGGAGCCAAUUUCCACGAGGUCACCACUGAUAACAAGCUGCUCCGGAUUUUCCAAGAUGGCAGCGUUCUGUACAGCAUCAGGUAACUAAAGAUAAUAUUCAGUAGCCACAGUGUGAGGUGUUAAACCUCCCCACAGAAGUAUUUGGCAUGAUGAAUGAGGUCUGUUAAAUUUAUGCACUGCUGUGCAAAACUGCUGUUUUUAUAUUUUACUUCACUACAGGGAUAUUUCAGCCCUCUAAAUUAAAGUUAAGUGCAACUAGGUCCAGUCAAAAAGAGCUGAGUCCCCUACAUGUAUGACCUCAUGACCACAGCUGCAGCAGAUCGCUGAAUUGACAAUUGCACCAACCCUCGACCGCACCUUUCUACCCACUUAGUGACACAGGGGGUCAUGGCAAGACUAAAUAAAUGCAGGUGGAGGAAAGUUCACUUUCUCAUGGCAAGUGUGCAACUUAUGAAUAUGUCUGUUUGGUGAGAUUCUAUCAAGUAGACUGCUUACUGAUCAUUAACGUAAGUGAAGACAAUCUUUUUAAUGCCUUUGUGUCCCAAGUCGACAAUUUAAACCAACAAAUUGAUUCAUUUUGGGAUCAACCCCCCUCCUGUGUUAGGGUCUGCGCCGACCGUUUUUUGUUUUUAAAUGCUUAAAAGAACCACUGAAAUUAGCUUUUUCGACUUUGUCAGGAACCUCUAUUUCAAUGAAAAAUAAAAAAUAAAUAAAAUAAAUUGACUAAAUUAUAAAAUGCUUUUAAUAACAUUAUGCAGUUGUUGUGAUAGGGUCGCUGUUGACCCAGUUAGAUCAAUAUCUAAUAAUUAGAGCAAAAACUAAAAUCCUAUGUGCACUGCCAGCCACCACACUGACAGUCAGAUCCUCUUCUAGUCAUGUGAGAUUUAGGAAAUUCUCAUUUUGCCAUGUUUUUCCUUGCACAAAAACGUUGGGCAUGUCCAGACAUGUGAGAUCAAUUCAGUAUAGAUGUCUGUAUAAGGGGGUAUACUGACAAAGAAAGGCAGAGAAGCCCACAACAAAAAAAUAUUAUAAGCAAUAUUUUCAUGGAUAAUGAAGCCUAACAGGGUAACCGAGAGAUGAGAACCAAAUUGGAUGAUAGAGAAUUGUUUUAAGUGUAACUUGCAGCUGAUUUAAGACACGGGUUGAAACCGACCCUUAACAUAGUGGGUGCGUAGUGAAAGCGAACACAGGAGGAAGGUUAAAAACAAAUUUAAGAUGAUAGAAGUUUGAGUUGCCAUGUUUUGAGAGGAAAGUUAAAGCAGUGUAUUGUUGUAUUCCAAAGCUGUCCUUUCUAUUUCCCCCAGCUCCCUCUUUCAGGCACUCUUCCAUAACAUAAUUUUUAUCAAAUUAUUAUUUUCCCAAGAACUUUUCAAACUUCUUUCGAGAAAUCUUCAUAGGAUUUGCUUAUUUGCCUGCUUUUCAUUGACUUAAUGUAGCAGCAGCUGUGGGAAAAGAGGGAGACAGACAACAUAAAUCCUCUGUUGUACUCUGACUCACUGGUCUGCAAAUACAGUUAAUCACCACCUCGCCCUCCUGAUUUGCUGCAUCCUCUAGAUUUGCUUCCUAACUGCGUUUUGUAAUGACGGAUCCAACAUCUCUGAGCGCUCUUCAAACAUGACGUAAUUUGUUCAUGUUUGCAAAGUCAGUCGCUUGGGUGUUUUGUUGGCUGUUCUUUUGCUGGUGAAAAAGAUAUUCAGUCAUCAUAACAAAGCAGCAAGCGGGUGCCUGUGUGUAUACUGUCGGCGUCUCUCGUCUCGCCUCGGGGCAGUGCAUUACGGCAGUUAAUUACACAGCUUUCCUCCAGACAGAGUCCCAAAUAGCUCCCCUCGCUUUUCCUUCUUUGAGGGUUCUUGAAGGCUCAAUGCAUCAACGGCACAACAAAUAAAAGUAGGGAGCCCUAACCCAAUUAAUUUGCAAUUACUGUAGUGCGACAAGUCAUGAAAUGGCAGAGCGGCUGAAUCAAUAUGUUUUCCAAUUUACUGUUUUCAAAGGAAUAUCCUCUUUUUCAUUUGUUCGGUUUGUUGUGUUGGGACUUCAGUGUAAUAAUCUGCAAAGUAAAGCAGUGUGGCACUCGUACUUCACUAUUCUCUUAAUCUCUGUAUCUUUUAUUUCUUCUUGUGUUUUGGUAUCUUCUCUCUGAGCGCUUUCAUGCCUUUUGACAGCCCUUAUUGCUUCUUUUCUCUCUUCUGAUCUUAUUUCCUACCUCAGGCUGACUCUCACCCUGUCCUGCCCUAUGGACUUGAAGAAUUUCCCAAUGGACAUUCAGACCUGUACCAUGCAGCUUGAGAGCUGUGAGUCUUCUUCUCUUGUUCCUCCUUUUUAUCUCUCUUCCUCUCUACUUCAUCCUCCUGAUAUUUUAUCUGCCUGGUUUUGAUUUGUAACAUCUCUACCUUCUGCGUAGUCCAAGUGAAGAGAACUAUAUCAAAACCGGCUGUUUCAUUUGUGGCUGUUUUUUCGUACUGUAAUUUGUAUUCCAAACCAACCUCAAGUUAACAUUUUCUAAAUUGUUUCCUAGUGAAUCAGUGGUUCAGUCAGAUGACGGGGGUAUUUCAACCAGCCUAAUUUAAUAGAAUAGCAAUGAAAAGGUGUUAUUUAUUUCCACACUGCAGUAUUUUCUAGAUGUGUCGUCAGUCAUAGAAGCUAGCCUACUGCUACGUUGGAUUACAUGCUAACUUCUAUUCAUUUUUUACUACUUGAAGUGUUCUCAGUGGUCUUUCCUUUAAGAUAAUGACAGUUUUAGCCAAAAUCAUGUUACCUGUCAUUUUCAAGGGCUUUUCUUCUGCAGCGCUCCAGUAGAUUAUUAGCAAUUCACCUCUGAGUCUUGGGCGGAGACAGCGCUGCUCUGCACACUUCUUUUCGCAUUAGGUUGCAGUCUAACAUUGCUGGUGUUGUAGAAGUGGCAGGUAACAUAGAAGCUAUUCAGCUCUCGGACACUAAAUGUCUUUAGGGAGAUGGUGAAAGUUAAUAUAUAAUUAGCUUUCUUACACACACUGCAAUCUGCUAACGCACACGCUUGUUCUGCGAUCGUCCUAUUUCUCCGAGCUUGGCUUGCAUAGCGGGGCUUCGAGGGCGGAGCUUGGAUUUGCUACGUAGGAAAUCUAACUGAAUCUGAACCUGCCGUUUGGGUCAGCCAGAGAUUUACAGCAAUUUGAAUGCAGAAAUACUCAGAAAUGAAAUUUCACACUUAGUUUUCUCAUAAUAUGUCCUGUAGCAUCAGAAAAAUGCCAUAUGAACAUGAAGACAACAAGAAAAACAUGAUUUUCAUCAGAGUGGGUCUUUAAAAUGGAGCUUCUCUUCUAAUAUUUUAUAGUUAAUCAUAAUUAAUUGUUUAAAGAGAGCAUGAUUUUUAAGAUGGGUCUGCAUUAUCAAUAGGACAGUUAAAUUAACAUCAGUUGGCUGACAAAAUAAUUACUUGGGAGAAUUAAAUUGCAAUCCAUUGUUUAUUAGCAUUAGUAUGAGUUAAUAGCAUGAGCCAUGUAGCAACAGCAGUACGCUGUAAUCACACAAAGCACACAGUCAGUUGGAAAAACUUGUCGAAAAAAAGGGGAAAAAAAUCCAGAAAUGUGUUUAGGCCUGGACAAAGGAACAAAGGAGAAAAGUUAUCUCACCUUUUCUUCCCUUGACUCUAGCAGAGAUAGUAUGUGCCCUCAUGAAACCAAUUUCCAGGAUAUAAAUAAUAAAACUUUAAUUUUGUGUCCCUUUUAUUAUAUGUGGCCCACCCUCUGUGCCUAGAGGUGACCUAAUUUCCCGUCUCAGGGACAAAAGGAUUUAAGUCUGGCAAAAGGGGAGGAAAGUGACUGAGUAUUGUGCCCUGAAGUCACCGCACCUUCUCCAAAAAAAAAAAACAUUUCUCACAAAUAAAUAAGUCAAGCUGAAUGCUGGUAUCUCUGCCUCUGUCUUUAUCUGAUUUAAUAAGAAAAAGUGGCAUUGUUUCGUAUGGAACUAGUUGCUCUUCUUUACAAGAGGCAGCAUGAUUUAUUUCCGCAAAUUGACCCAGGGACAAACGGAUAAAAAAUCCAAUAAAUUUAGUGUACAGCAAGGCCAUGCAGCAUAAAAACAAAAUUUAAAGAUGUUCUACCCUUUGGGAGUGUAGGAGAUUGGAGACAAAUGUGUGUUUAAAACAGCACUGUGUGUGUGUUUUUGCCUUUGGUGUAAGUAUCUCAUCACAGUACCAUUAGAGGAGACGUAAUCAUUCCUGAUUAAAGUCCUGCUGAGGAUACUUGGCCUUGUGUUGACAAGUGCUAGUACACCACCCAAGGGUGUGAUCACCUUGGCUGGAGCUUGAUGUUAAGGAGGACUUCAUCGGUUUUACUGCCACUGCUGGAGCUGCAGAAAACACCGUCUGUUCUGUGUGAGAAAAUGUGAGGCGACUAGAGGUGGAGAAAUAAAAGGAGUUAUCUUAGAGGUUUAAGAGAGCCAAGGCCAAUCUUCUUUUCUGGCCCUUCAUGCCAAGGGCUUAUAUAGAUAUAUAAAAAUAGAACCAACCAUAAGAUUUCUGCCUUAUUCUGACACAUCAAAGCUCUGUAUAUGCGGCUUAUACCACUCCUCUUUGCCUUGAGCCAAUAGUGUCCAGUAACCUCAAAUCUGUAAGUGAAAAGCAUGAAAAGAAAUUGGAAGCGUAGCCGUGGCUGAAUUAAGAUAGCGGCUUUCAUUAGGUGGACUGCUUUUUAGCAUUUACUGUCAUUACUUUACUCGACCAGGAUAUUCCAGACAAUCUGCCCCAUGAAAUUCAUUUACUUUAUUCCACCUUUGUCAAUUACGGUUUAACGCCUCUAAGCUGGAGCCGGCGGAAGGAAAGACGAUGGCUUUAUUAUCUUAGGGAAGCAUUGGUAUUCCCCUCGCCUGUCACAGCAGGAUGUGUGAAUGACAGUGAAUUACUCUCAUGAACAAGAUAAGUGUGUUUUAGCGGCGUUGUUUUUCAGGCAUGUAGUGCAGGACGGGGUAUAACACUUUGAAUAAUUGAUGUCUUUGUUACUCAGGCCCCAAAGGGUCCCAGUAGACAUCAGUAUUAUUCAGAUGUGGGAGGACUUCUGCUUUGUUGUUGUUGCGUGUGGCAUACAUUUUUAAUGUCCUUAUAAUCAGGUGGAUGUGUCGGCGAGUGCAAGCUUCAAAAUGGGCAGAUAACUGUGUGUUCUGUUUGCAACAUAACUGGCUUGUAAAAAUGAAUGUAGACUCCAUUAUGGUUUACAGUUUUGUUCAUUACCUUUCAUGCACAACUCUGAUAUGUUGCAUACUUAAUUAACUCGGUAUCUUUCAGUGCGUAUUCUGGUCCUCCAUGGUCGCAGACAAAUAUUCUCCUCAUGCCCUCCCUUAUUCUGUAACCUUCAAACAAUCCAGACAACAUGACUGUAGCUGUGGCAGUUGACCUUUACUGUGACAAACAUGAUGGCAGAGAGAAGCUGGUAGCUAGGCAGAUGGGCAGAAGCGAGCGCAGUCCUCCAAGUUACCUUCUCGUUCUCUCUCUCUCUCUCUCUCUCUCUCUCUGAGUCUAAUUAGCCAGUGUUCUUGGUGUUGCUAUGUAUGCCGAGUUUUUAUACCAUGGUAACAAAAGCCUAAUUGGUUUUAAGAAUGAUAACAGGUUCAUACUUGACUAGUAUAGAUGUUCAACAAAGCAAUCAACAAAUGUGGAUAUUUCCUUACAUCUUUUCUCUUUCACUCCCAGCCAUGUUAUUUUCAUGUGUAGUUAUUAAAGAUGGCGUUACCCAAGAUGACAUAUUUCUUACUUUUUUAACUGUUUAUAUCCAUUUCUUCACCUCUAUAUCCUCUCUGUUCUCUUUUCACAGUUGGUUACACCAUGAAUGACUUGAUCUUCGAGUGGCUGUCUGAGAGCCCUGUUCAGGUGGCUGAUGAUCUCACCCUCCCCCAGUUUGUGCUAAAAGAGGAGAAAGAUUUGGGCUACUGCACAAAGUAUUACAACACAGGUAUGAAAUUAACUCCAUUGGAGAUGUCUACAUCAAAAAUCUGAGCACGCUACCUGAUUUUUCUUUCAGAUAAACAUUAAAAAAUAACCUCUAUCAUUCGUCCUUAAACAUCAAUCUUCAUUAAAUCUCCAUAUACAUCAAAACGGUAACCAAAAACUAACACUUUCUUUGAAGUCCCACUCCGGUCAUGCUUUUUUUGUUGUUUGUUUUACUACUUCAAGUGUUUUCAGUGGUCUUUAAAUAGUUUUUAGCCAAAAUCACAUUACCUGUGACAUUUUCUAGGGUAGUAGAAGUAGCAGGUUACAUAGGAGCUAUUCAGCUCUCGGAGUCUGAUGUCUAUUUCUAUUUCUACGAGCUUGCAUAGCGGGGCUCCGGGGGCGGAGCUUGGAUUUGCUAUGUAGAAAAUCUCACUGUAUCUGAACCUGCCAUUUGGGUCUCCCAGCAAUCUAAAUGCAGAAAUACUCAGAAAUGCAAUCUGCACUUACUUUUCUCAUGAUAUGUCCUGUAGCAUCAGAAAAAUGAACACGUAGACAACAAGAAAAACAUAAUUUUCAUCAGAGUGGGUCUUAAAGCAAAUAUGCUCUGUGUUUUUCAGGUAAAUUCACGUGCAUUGAGGUGAAGUUCCACCUUGAACGUCAAAUGGGCUACUACCUGAUCCAGAUGUAUAUCCCCUCACUCCUCAUCGUCAUUCUCUCCUGGGUGUCUUUCUGGAUAAACAUGGACGCUGCGCCAGCCAGAGUGGGCCUGGGCAUCACCACGGUGCUCACGAUGACCACACAGAGCUCUGGCUCAAGAGCCUCACUGCCCAAGGUGGGUGACAAGAUAGUUUGUAGUGAACAGAAUAACUACCCAGAUUAGUCUGAUGUUAAGUAUGACCUUCAGAUGUUUUAAUUUACUUUGGGAAAGCUCUCAUGGUAUGUAUCUUGUCCACGGUCGACAAAUGCCCUACAAAACAAGUGACAGACACUCCUUGGAUAAUGGGACAUCUGUAAAAAAAAAGGCAUUUGCAGGAGGGUUUUAGAACAGGCUGACCCAUUACAGCAUAUCUGGUCAUAAAAUGCUGACUUUGCAUGAGGCAGAUCCUGAUUUAGGACAGAGCCUCACCAGGGAGCAGACAUUAGAGGGCCAGGUGAGGUGAGGUGCUGCACUCUGGCAUGCGAAAGGCACACACAGGUUAGAGCACAAUGUACCCGGGGAGAAGGUUAGAGAGGGGGGCCGCAUUAUACUGACACUACAGUAAAUACAUUUUUAAUAGACAACAGCCAGCCAAUCAGAAAACUGCUUUAUAAUACCUCACUUCCAGCCAACAGUGUAGGGAGACGUUCUGAAUCAGUGCACAAGGUGUAUUAGAUUGCCAGUAACCAUAGCAACAGCACUCUGAGCUGGUUCGACACUACCACUUAAUGCUUACAGUAGUUGUAGAGUUCAACUGCAAAUCUUGUGCAUUUUGACCCCAGGGAAGUUAUUUUUUCACUUUUAUCUACCCAAGGAAUAAUCAUUAAAGACACCAGAGUCCUUAUUCACAACCACUGCGACGUACAUUUACACUCUGAAGCUGCUGUGCACAACCACAGAUUUAUGUGCCUACCACUGAGCAGCAAGAGGCACCCAGUGUUGGUAAUAAAGGAGUGGGAAAAGUGUCUUUUAAGUCUUUACACCUUGAAUUUUUAUUUUUUUAUUCAUGGUUUUUUAUUCGUCCCUUUUGGGUGGCUAUUGUUCUAAGAUUUUUAGUCUUUUAUUGUGUUUAUUCCUGUUUUAUUUCUACAUUAUUUUGCAUUUUAUUGUUGGGAUUUUAUGUUUUUUAAAGCUCUUUGUCAAUUCUGUUUUGUUGCAUGCAAUUUAAAUAACCGUCUUUUCAUGGUAAGUGUUAUCAAUUCAAUAGGACACUAGAUAAACAUUGCCACAGGACUCUGUCUCUAUGAGAAAGUGUGUUUACCUUCUAAAAUGUCUUGAUGUAAUUUUCAUGAGUUUGUCAUAAACCCUUUGAUAGAGCUUGUUGUGAAAUUGAGUAGAUAAGCUCUCUGCUUCAUUCUGUUCCUUCUCAAACUGUUUAUUUUUGACAUACAUAUGUUGUGUGAAUUUAUCUUUGACAUGUACAGUUGUUUGCUGAAAAGAAAGAAAGAAUGAAAGAAAGUAGAAAUAUCACAAAGCAAGUGAGCUCAGAAGUGAGCAAAGCUACGAGUUUCUGUCCAUUGACAUUGAGCUUCGCUACACAAAAGUAGAGAUAUAGAGAUAUAGAUGAAGAUGUAGAUAUAAUGCAGCUAAAGUAACAUCUCAAUAUCCUGCAGGAUUAGAUUGUCAGCUUCAAUUAUUGUCGUGUUUUGGCUGAAACUGAUUCAUAGCAGCUUGUUGGUUGAGAGCUCCAGGCUGCGGCCAAUCAAAGCGCUCCACGAUGCCACAACUCUGUUCAGGAAAAAUGUAGUUUUUCUACAUGCUACCAUCAGACGACAGCAACCCUACAAACAAGCUAUUCAGAAAAGUAGUUAAGCUCUAUAUAAUUCUGUCACGGCCUAUCGGUGUUUUGUGUUUUUUGACAACUAAAACAGCAAAAACUUGAUCCCAAAAUAUCCAAACAUAAUGUUGAUACAAAAGUCCUCCUCCUAACACUUGGCUUUGAGCACAAACAGAGACCAAACAUGAUGCAACAGCCUGAAAUUCAAUUGAAAAACAGCUUUCUUUAGGAGGAUAACAAUGGCGAAAAAGGGGUUUCUGAUGAGAAAUGUUUUGGACUAUUUUUUGUCAGGAUUGAUUGAAAACUACUCAGCAGGUGGUAAAUGGCAUGUUAGUGCAGUGGAAAUUAAUUUGUGACAGCUGGGCAGAAACUCUAAUGCAGAAGGUGCUAAUUAAAGCGUUUCUAGGGCGUUUUCAGGUUUGGACAGAAGUCACAAAUUGCACCCCACUGAUGUGUCUCAUCCUACGUUUUUAUUCUUUGUUCAUCAUCUGUAACAGUCCACAAUCUACUUCUCGACUGAGUGAAACCCCACACAAAGUUUGUAUAAUGGACAUUACUGAUUUGUUGUGACAUAUCUUCUGUUUAUGAAGAACCGGGGCAGAGCAUUGACCUGUCUCAUGGCUGUGUGUCAGCUGCCCACAUCCGUCUGACUCAUUACCAUUCUCCCUAAAGAUGUGUGUCAUUACGUGCCAGAGCUAAAAAAAAAUGUGUGUCAUUACAUGCCACAGCUGAAGGAUGUAUAGACAACCCACAGCUAUACAUAAUCCUUAUUGAUUGGCCGUCUGUGACACCGUGGCCUUGUGUGGUUUUUUUUCCCACCCAGGUGUCUUAUGUGAAGGCCAUUGACAUUUGGAUGGCAGUGUGCCUUCUCUUUGUGUUCGCCGCCCUGCUGGAGUACGCUGCCGUUAACUUUGUCUCAAGGCAACACAAGGAGUUCAUCAGGCUGAGGAAAAAACAGCGGCAGCAAAGAAUAGUAAGUGUAAAUCUCACACGCACACUCACUGACACACAUCAUACUGGGUUCUCAUACAAACAGAGCUCACAGACAUACUCUGUGGUCCCUGUCAGCCUCAAUAACAUUGACCCUGGCCUCUUUCUAUUGUGUCACGCUGUAUAUUCAGGAACUGACACCAUCAACAUGCUACAGCUGACUGUCACACAACACGAGCAAGAUUUACUCAUUUCGGUUCGGUUUGUAAAUAUUGUAACCUCUCAGGAUCCUUUCUAAUCCUUUCCUUCUUCACAGCAUGUCACACAAAUCAACAGCCCAAAACUACAACCCUGCGGCACUCCGAUAUGCCAGCCUGGUAUUCAAACUGCAAUAUUUAUGAGUUAUUCUGACAUAAUAUGAGCAAGAGGGGACAUGUUUACUAUUCUUUAAACUGCUGUUUCUUAACUACAAUUUACUCAUAACAUAGCUGUGUUAAUAAGUCGAAACAGAUAUCCUGCCAACAGUUAGAGUUAGAAAGCUUUUUUUGUUGUUGUUGUUUCUUUCUUUAAAGCCAAACGAGAAAGUCUUUCCCCUUUAGUGCAUGAUACUCGAGCAUCCACAGGAAGAAAAAACAAACGCGUUAAAGAAAGCAAAAAAUUAUCGACUGAUAUAAAAAUGGACAAAAAACAGUGGAUAAUGUAGUCUAUAACACGCAGAAUAAAAUUAAGAUUACACAAGAGAUAGUUUAUAUUACAUAAAAAAUGUUAAUUGCACAGCAGAUGAUGAGCAUUGCAAAGAGGAUGAUGCACACUGUACUAAAGAUUAAACAUUUUGCACAGACAAUGAAGUAUAGCUCAGUUAAAAUGUAAAAGGUCAAUUAAGUGUUAUUCUUCUUGUGCAUUAGGGUAAAUUAAAGCGUGUAGCAUUUAAAGGUUGAUUCGUUAUGAUAAUAUUUCAUAACCUUACCUCAUAUCCUCCUGUAAUACAUUUUGAUAAUGCCCCAAUUACCAAUGAAAUUUGAGGCGCCACCUCCCUCUAAGGUGAAAAGUAAACAAACAAAAUGUUUGUCUUUCUGUGAAUAUUAUACAUUUUCACACAUAAAGGAUAGAACAAUAGGUGAAUAAAUGAUGGUCGAAAUGAAAAUAAUCGUUUUGGUUAAAGAGUGACUGACAGAGUAACAUCUUUUAUUUAACAUCAACUCAUUAUUGUAGCUUCCAUUUUACUGUCAGAGUAUUUCCCUUGGACUCUGGUCCUCUAGAAAGUUCCCCUAAUAGGGGUCAGGCUCUAAACCUGUGGGUUCAAACACAUUGCACUGGGUCUGAGCAAGAAGUGUCGGUUUUCUGGUCCAAUGUCCACUGCAGUGAACGAGGUAGAGACGUGUUUGGAGUUGAAUUAUUUCUAAAGUGGUCAAACUUGCUGCAUCCGCUGAUCGAGAAAGGCUCUGGUGACUCUUGCAGUUUGGAUGUUCACAGAAGAUAACAAGAGAAUUCCCCAGGAUGGCAGGUCUAUAUCUAUUUUAGAAGUUAUUUCAAAUGUAAAAGGACAUUAAUUGAGUGAGGGUAGAUGUUUUACUCGAUGAUCAUAAAUCAAAAAAUAUUUUUAAAAAGGAGAGGCAAAGUGCAACCGAAUUUGAAAACUAGGAAUUUGGCAUCAAUUCCAUUUCGAGACAUCCCUCUGGCUCAUUGAUUUAUCUAUCAAAAUGACAGAUCACUUGACAAACCAAUAAAAUAAAAGAUAAAUUAAACAUGUGAAGGUAAACAUGCCCAUCUUGAUCCAUCUCUCUUGUCUCCUCGCCUCUGCCGUGAUGUCUAUCGUGAGAAUACUAAAGUAAGAUCAGUAACCAGAGACGUUCGCCUUCAGAUCUCGCUGCCAGAAAGCAUCAUAAAGCUGUGUAAGCGUUACACAUUUCUCACAGGACAUUGUAUCUGUUCAGCUGAAGUUUCAUGGGGGAAGAACAGGUGUUCAGGGUGUGGAGGGGGAAUGACAGAGGCGCCGAUCUCUCGUUACAAGUCAGUGUCAUCAAGUUUUUAAUCACUUUAAUCUCAGCUUUUAUGCUUCAUUAGGAUCACGUGGGCUUGGUUUAUUCAGAGAAUCCCUCAAGUUUGAUCCGUCAUCCUCAGCCAGAUCUGAGGUGGUACACAACACAUGCACAACAGCCAAGACGCAUCAGCACAAACAGUGAACCCUUGUGUCAAAUAACCAAAACUGUUUAAACCUGGAAGAAAAACUGCUUUCAUUCAGGAGACUAUCACACAUCACAACUCUUUAUCUCAGGCUCACUACUCUCUCGCUUAACAGGUGCCAAAAGCAAUGUGUUGUCAUUUCUAUAUUAAGCUGUGAGAAAUCUUAACACAUAACAUUGCUCUCUUCACACAUGAACUCCUGACACUUUCUAAAUCAUCUCAGGACAUUCACGGUUGGAAAUAAUCUGGAUCGGAUGCACUUUCAUAGCUCAAAAUGUUCAUUUGGUUCAGACAGGUAGGUAGUUUGAUGGCAUGUGCAUAGGGACAGGGUUGUCUAAUAUUUCUAUGAUUUGCCCGACUACAGUGGAAAAACAAUUCACAAGCACAUCAGGUUUGUAGAAAAGAGUAUAAAGCAGCAAAAUUCAGCUCAGUUACAACAUCAUCACAAUGUCCACUCAUUUGCUGUGGUCAGCAAUGCACCCUGACUUCACAUGGAUUUGUUUUUAUUUUGUGUCCACCAGGAAAAAGUCUGCAUAAAGUCAGGUGAUUCAAUUUGGCUGUUUGCGUCAACUCAUGCAGCUCUCCUGACCGGUAUGAGAAUUUUUUCAGGAGUGCAGCCCAUGAGUUAAUAUGAAGAAAUGAGUUAAAGUGUUACUUUAGAUAUGUCAUGGGUCAAAAUCUAAAAGCAUAAAACAAAUAAAAAUAGAAUAGAAAUAAAAAAAAAAAAUACUGCCUCCAAACAUAAAAGUAACUGUUUUAUUAUCUUUAUCCCAAAUUAUUCCCCUUUCAAAAACCCAUGACUGAAACCGUGAUCACCUUUGGAUGCAGCUUUCAAGUUGACAAAUACAAAGGUUUUACAAAGAGAAGAGAGACCUCUCACAGGAGUCCCAGAAAGGUUUUUCUCGAGAGAAGCAGUUGGGACAUCUUGAAAAUCCCAUUAAACAGCUCACUGAGUGUGCAGCUUCCCAGACUCAUGGCAAAGUUCCCUGUGGAAGCAGAAGAGUCCAGCAGAUUUACCGGGCAGUCUGCCCUGUACCUCGUUACAGGACAAAGAAAAUGAUGGUCUGUAGAGGAAAGGACUUCCCCUGUCCACAUCAGCUGCACAAUUACUCCCACUGUGGAGUUCCACAUCACAAACUAUCCAUCUGAGAGGUAUUGAUGCAUGACCUGAUCUGUGGUCCUGAUGGAGUGUACAAAUCCCAGACUGACCAAUUCAAUCAAUGCUCUCCUGCAACUGUACUCUGCUGUUUUUGAAGCCAAACCAGCCGCAGCAAGUACAUCCACACAUCCUCGAAGAGGGCAAAAUGAAAUACAGCUUCUACUUUUAGUCUCUACAGAAAUAACUCAAACUGGCAUCUUGAGGAUGCUUUAUUAGUCUUCAAAGCUUAAACAACCACAGAUAAUGUCCUGUGUUAUCACACUGGCAGUGCCACUCUCAUUAAAAGCUGAGAAUGCCUGCUUGAGUUUGUUGUGUGAAUUUGAAGUUUGCACCUUUGAUGACUUUAUUUUUAGCGCAGUUUAGGUCUUUGUAUCAAAUUAAGUAAGGAGGAAUUUUGUCUCUGUGAAGUGUUGUCACAUGAUUCCAAAACUAAUCAUGAAAUCAACUGAAACUAUUCUUUAGACGGGCAACAAAUGAAUGUUAAAGAAGAUGAAAUAAAGAACAGUAACCUUUAUUUGAAUUUGUCUGCGUUCCUUUCUGCUGGAGGUGUAUUCCACUCAGCCUGGGAGUGUUGAGACGGUGAAGAAAGAGAAUGAACUCCCCGAUAACAGCUCAGCCAUCAAGAAUCUGAGUGAUCACUGCAGCGCCUGUGCUAGGGUAACAGAAAGAUAUUGAACCCUAUGCAACCCCUGACCUUGAAACCCAGUUCAUGUCCUGCAACCUGCAUCUUAAACCUGAAUUUAUCCUGCAACUAAACCCACUCUGUGCUGGUCAUGUCCUGUCACUAUAACCCUGUCUUUCUGACCUCCUGUCCCUGAAAACUAACGCCACUAACUUUGAAUAACUAUCCACAAAUCUUCUCUUUUAUAUAACCAGUUUUUAAGGCUGAUUGAAAUUCAUUGUGCAUUUUUCCUUCUGCUGGCUUGUUGCCUGGCUUUUAAUCUCUCUUUUUUUCAGGGCAGCCUUCAGAGUGUUUUUACAGAGGAAAAAGGAAAGUAGUCUGCCAUUAAAACGUUUUAAAUAAAAGUUCUACAUUAAAUUUCAAGAAUUUUCUGAUGUGAGCUAAAUGUUAAAAUCAUCAUGAAUAUGAAGCUACAGCUAGCUGAUGGUAGCCUGUUACGUUGAGGGGAAACAGCUAAUCUAUGCUAGGUUAGUAAAUCGAGUUUACACUACAGAUAAAACAGUGGUCGACUAACAACUGACUUAAAGGGAUAUAACGGCGUAAAAUUAAGUUAGGGUGAAACACACCAUAACACCGAGUAAAACACCCCGUCGGGAGAUGAAUGUUGCCGACUGCUUGCUUCUCUAGUUAUACCAACUUUAGUAACGACCGCAGACAGCAAUACAGAGAGCCACGUGCUCAACCAAAAAGCCAGAACAGCACCUAACUUCAUCAACAGGACAUAUAGGGUCCCAGCCAUAGUACUAGCCACCAAACAUCUUUUUAGCUUUGCCUAAUUUCUUUAGCAAAGAGACUAAACACAACUCACCUACUCUCUUCCAGCAGCCGUUUGUUUGUACGGAGACCUCUGGGCGAGUCCAUCAACUGCAGGGGGGUGACGCAGCUCAAGAAAGAACAUUUAUGAUCGUUUCUUAAUCAUUUCCUUAAAGCUAUAAUCACCAUAUUAAUUAUUUUGCACUGCAGACGCAGUAGUUCUUCUGCCUUAGCGUCUCGGUCUGAUUGCAUUUCCAUAAAGAAAUGAUCAUAAAUGUUCUUCCUUGGGCUGUGUCACCCCGCUGCAGUCGGUUGACUUUCCCGGAGGUAGUUUGCACAAACAAGCGGCUGCUGGAAGAGAGUAGGUGAGUUGUGUUUAGUCUCUUUGCUAAAGAAAUCAGGCAAAGUUAAAAAGAUGUUUGAUGGCUAGUGCUAUGGCUAGGACCCAAUAUGUGCUGUUGAUGAAGUUAGGUGCAGUUCUGAACAUUAUUUGUGGCUAAAGAGUGGCUUUUUGGUUGAGCUUGUCGCUCUCUGUAUUGCUAUCAUACGGUCGUUACUAAAGUUGGUAUUACUAGAGAAGCAAGCAGUCGGACACGUUCAUCUCUCGACGGGGUGUCUAACUCGGUGUUACAGUUUGUUUGAACCUAACUUGAUAUAUCCCUUUAACUUUCAGCAAGGAGGAAAAAAAAGAGAAAAUAUGUCAGAUAUGAAGCUGCUACCAUUGAGGUUUUAAGUUCUUUUAACUUAGCAUUAGCAUUAUUUCUUUCAGAGCCCAAAAGUUAUGCUAGCUAUAUCGCGUAUACACCAUACAGUUUAUUAAACCUAUUUUACAUUUCAUUUGCUUGGAAAUAGGCUUGACUUAAUCCAUUAUUAUGGCACAUUAUGGUCAGGCCUGUUGCUGUGACCAGCCUAUCAGUGUUUUAUAGAUAAAUACAAUAUAUGGAUCCAAGUCGGCUUAUGGCUAGCAUAAAAAAAGAACCAUGUGGACAUUAACUUUAUACUCCACAGAGCCUGAUUGUGAUAAUGCAAGCAGUCUCAACUGAUCUUAUGCCAACAAAUCACAAAGUGUUGCUGCUGCUGAGAGCAUAAAUGAUGAGCACCUAUUAUCUUUAGAGAAAUGCACCAUUAGCCUUUAGCACAUGAUGUACUGUGUCGCUUAGGAAGGAGUGGGAGUGAUAAUUAAGCAGUGCUGGAAGAGCUACAACUCCCCGACCCUUCUGCUGUUUAGCGUAUUUGUCAGUUAGGAAUGGGAGGGGGACUAGUUAGCAAACACAAAGUUAUUCACAACCAGGCUGCUGUUACACUAAAUGAAACACUGUGUGGGACAAAUUUAACAGUGAGAGACAAGCAUGAAACACAUUAGGGGUAUUGGAUCUCUGACAGGAGCUGGUAGUUCCGUCUCAUCCUGAUGCCAAGUCCAGCAGAACUGUCAGGGUCAGAGAAAGAGAGAAGCAGAGCUUUCAGGACACUUCACUUUGACUACUAAUCAUCCAAUUUAGAUCCCACAUCUUCACUUCCCCCUGCUAAAGUGAAUCUCUCCAAGUGUCAGAGCGGCUGUCAGACUUAAGCUGCGUGUCUAUUAAUAUUCUCUUCAGAGGGCGGAGACCAUGUCUCAUUCAGCGUUAAGAAAAAAAAAAAAAGUGUGCCCCACCACCCUGCCAUUCAUCAAAGCAUAAUGCCAUGUGAAAGGGUUUUUGGUGCAGCUGAGAUCAUGACUUUUUAUUAAUAGGCAUUUUGAAAAGGCUGUCACUCUACAACCUUUUGAAAAGAGCCGGGAAGGAGGGGUGGAGGUGAACUGUUUGGAUUGAGUUCAUAAUUAAAAGUCAUUUUCUUCCCUCGAACAGUGAUGCUCUCUGAUUCUCCUCGAAAAGCUUAAUUGAUUAUUAAAAAUGUGUAAAAGCUUUCUACAUUGUUCCCAAGGUUUUAAGAUUUUUGAGAGUCUUUUAAAGCUGCAGUGAGAAAGUUUUCGGUUUGCUGUGAUUUUGGCACUGAAUCAGUUGUUGCUGAUUUUAUCCUGUCUGCAUGUAAUCACUCAGUAUGUUUACAUGACACUUGAGAAAACUGAAUUAUUGCCUUAUUCCGAUUAAGACCGGACAAGUGAAGUGCAUGUAAACACCUCAGUCCAACUAUGAUCAGAGUUUGAGAACUCAGAUUGGAGUCGGAGUAUGAUCGGACAAUGCAUGUGCGAGUGCGCCAUGCCCCCGUAACUCUGGAACAAAAACACUAGAGAAGAGGAGUAGCGUGCACCUCAUCUACAAGAAAAGUAGUGCGUACAUCAUGUACGACAAAAACAACGCUGUACGAUGCUCCAUCUUCUUGCUCGAAAAUGCCCAGCAGCAGUUGUAGCCUCUUCUGACGUCUGGCACAGACCUGCUGUUGUUGUUGUUGACAGUCGUAUGGGGUUGGAAACAGCGCCACUGCAAAGAUCCAUAUUACCCCUUAGUUUUGUGGAGGAGGACGUGUUCACAUCAAUAAUUCAAUUUUCUCAGCUGGAUGUAUACGCUGACAAGGAGAGGAGUCCGAUUUGGCGAAAAAAAUCAAACUAUGAGCUUGGUCUGAUUAAGCUGUGCAAGUAAACACACUGACUGUUUCUUUAAAAUCAAUGUCAACCUGCUUUUUUCUAACAUUCAAAUGCAUCACUCCUCAAUGAAAGCCAACGCGUUAAUCGUUCGGUCUGACACCUAACCUUGCAAGUGGUUUCAAACAUUAUAAAUAAUAGUCACCCUUCUUGUUAAUGCUCUUGUUUUCUUGUUUGUAUUGAUUUCAGUUUGUUUCGGGACCAGCUCGAAACCUCUCACAGGAGCUUUAACAAACAAGCUUGCGAGAUUUUGAUGCACCAAAAAAAAAAAAAAAAAGGAUAUGCUCGUGCAAGUUCCCGUUUUGCAAACAAAAAUGAAACAUGAUUUAUCAUCUCCACGUCUUAAUACUUGAAUAGAAAGUAUUUUUACUGUAAUGGUCACCCACAAAAAGCAGAAACUAGCGCUGGUUCUCUUUUCCCAGUACGAUAAGUAGAAUGUGUCUUCUCUAAAGUCAGAUAAAAAAAAAUGUUUUCCCCUGCUGGAUGUUGCACUCCGCUGCCCUUUUGUGCCUCUGCAACCCAAUGCAUUUGGGAAUCAGCCACUGCAAGGAAAUGUAAAAAGCUGUAAGCUAAUUCUUACUGACAGCGAGAGGCCAAUCUCUUUUCCCUAUGCUUGACUCCACAGGAGGAGGAACUGGUGAGGGAGAGCCGUGGUUUUUACUUCCGGGGUUACGGGCUCGGCCACUGCCUGCAGAACAAGGAUGGUACCGCUGUGGAGGGGUCUACCGUGUUCACCACCCCUCCGCCUCCUCCUCCGCCCGUCACCAUGUUUGACGGGGAGAUGGUUCACAAGCGUUUUGUGGACCGCGCCAAACGCAUCGACACCAUCUCCAGAGCCGUGUUUCCCCUGAGUUUCCUCAUAUUUAACAUCUUCUACUGGGUCACUUACAAAGUGCUGCGACAUGAGGACAUCCACGCCAAUUUGUAAAAAAAAAAAAAAAAAAAAAAAAAAAAAAACAGCUCUCUGCUACAUUUAAGGGUUUUUUCUUCUCAGAACCAAAACUGCCUGUCAGAUCUACUAAUACAGUGAAGAAAUGUGUCGAGAGGCAUUAUCUGCUUCUUAAAACAACUGCUUAAAACUUUGUGCUCAGGUGCGUCUUCAGGAUCUCAGAUGGGGAGUGAUUAAGCCGAGAGAUGAGUUUAAGCUGCCUGGAUUCAGGCUGGUGUUGUAUGUUCGUUUCUGCCUUGGUUUUUUUGAUUCGUGUGGACUACAACAGAGACAAAAUACAGCUGGUACUUUGUGGGUUCGUGACCUUUGUUUGAGAGUUGAGCUGAGUGGGUGUGGAUCCUGGCUGGAUGAGAUAUACUGACUUGAAUUUUGACACUAAGCAUCUUUGAAUGAAUGUUUUUGAAAAUUCAAAAGAUAAUGGGUUUUUUACACCUUUAGAUUAUAAAAGGGGUAUAAAUGGGUGAGAUGGGGGGGAUGGGUCUUUGAUAUUUAUUAAUAUUCAAGUGGUGUUAAUUCAAUUUAGAUUAUAUAUAUAUAUAUAAAACAGUGUAUAAAGUGUACAUAUGCAAAGCUCUUCAUUAAACUGCACAAAGCACAAAUAUGUAUUUCCUUUUGUCUAAAUUUAAAUAAAUUGUUAUUCUGCCAGGAAA